AUGAGCCGAAAAAUGGAAGAAGAUGAUAGAGUGGGCAGCAAUGUUGCUGACAUACCAUGUGACUCACCGCUGAAACCCCUAACAGAGGAAAGUGAAAGUAUAAGCUGCGUUGGUGACCCAGAUCAGGGGUCAAAGACGGAAUGCGAUGGUCGUAAAGUAGAGAGACCUUCUGAAUGCAGCCCAGUAGGAGAAGUCGAGAAACCAAAGAUUAAGAAGUUAUGUGGAUACCUGCAUAAGCUUGGCAUGAAAGGACCCCUCAAGGCGUGGAAGUAUCGCUUCUUCUCAUACGAUGAGAAGAAAUGUCACCUGACUUACUUCAGGAUUGCUACUGAUGUAUGCCCUUUAGGAAGCAUUGACGUGUCCUCUGCUACGUUCGACAUGAAAUUGGAAAUGGAAGAAGGAAUCUUUGAAAUCAGAACUCCAAACAAAGUCUUUAUUUUGAAGGUAUGAGAGAUUUUCGUUUUACCUACGGAGCACUUUAGAACGGGGCAAAGAGUUCAACCCAUUGUGGGGUUUUAACGGUUAUUUUAAGGAAAACUGUCAAUUAAUUUUUUUAUUAUUAAUGGAAAUAAUUAUAUGAAUUACAGACUCUCUGUUUAUGUUUUUGUAAUGCUUACCUAUAUUUUAAUACCCUUUUAUCAGUGUAUCUCCUGGUUUACUCCUGCUCUUUAGAGGCGGCCAUCUUUAAGUCCUCUUUGACAAGGAGGCGGGUCUUAUCCAACUAAGCACUGUUCAAGUAAUAAAGAGCUUGUUUGGGUUCACAAGUCCGGAUGUUAUUCAAGGAAAAUUACCACUUCAUCGAUUUGAAGUGAUCAGCCUGAAGUCUGUAUGUUCAGGGUUUCAUUUUGAAAGGCUGUCCAUACAAAGAUUAGCCCUUCUGCUAAAGGAGGUGUAACUUCUGCCCCGUUUCCACUGAGUGGUACGGAUCGGGUCAAUAUGGCCUGGUACGCUAUUUCAAGUGUUCCCAUUAUGAAAGUCGCCUAUACAACCUAACCAAACCGCACCAUUCCUGGGCCCCCUUGAGAUGUAGGUCCAUAGGAAAUUGUAUGGUACAGUUAGGGCGGAGCUAAUGGCAUCACACUAUACAAUCGAUUGAUUGUCGGACAGGAAAAAGUCUAUGCUCACGACAAAUGACACGCUACGCAUUUGGUCUAAACCCCGCAUGCCCCCUGGCAGUCAGACUUGCAGUGGAAAUGCUCACCUGAAUAGGCUGGACCAUUCUAACCCUUCCGAACCGUAUCGACACGAACCAUACCGCUCAGUGGAAACGAGGCAUUCAUCUCCAACAGCAUCAUUGGGACGUCAUUAGCUAGCCAGAAACUAGAGUUCAGGCUGGCUAAUGUUAAUUAGUUGCAAAGUUGGUUUCUGCUGCCAGCAGUCAAUGGCAGUACAUCCAUACCCCUUUUCCUCUGUGCCACCCCUGUCAUCUCCACAGUCCUUUCUCCCUGACCUCCCUCCUGCUCUGGGAGAGGGGGAUCCACAUUGGAGGAGGUAGAUUGAGCUGAAGGAAAACAUGACCUUGGUAUUGGCAAGUAAAAUUUUAGUUGUUUAACUUUUUUUUUAAAGUUGUAUUAAAACACAUUUUAUUUCUUAUUAGAGUAUCGCUGGGCAGCCUUCAAACUGUGCAUGGUCUUAGCAGUUAAGUAGUGCUUUUGACCAAAGAGGGCAAAAUGGCCACCGCCAGAGAGCACAAGUAAGCCUGGGUAUUCACUAAAAAAAAAAAAGUUUAACCUGUGUUUAUAUAUACUUAUUACAAAAUAAUGCUAGGCCAUGUUACAUGUAAUUUUUCUUUUCUGUAAUAAUUAAAAUAAAGGUUUUCCUUUUUAUAACAUGAAAACUGAAACACUCUCCCUCUCAGUGGUUUUAAAAUAAGCUGAUAAAUACACUUAGGACAAAAAUACUUUUAUAAACUUUUAAAAAUGUUCUCAGUUUUUGAAAGGAAAGAAAAACAAAAAAAAGGCUAAUAUUCAAAUAGUGAUAGAGUAAGCUUACCUGUAGCUCUUUCUUUAUUCAAAUGUCAUCAUCCCGUCGUAUUUUGGAGUGGACAAUGUCUUUGGUUCUCAUCAGCGACAUAAUUGCAUCAAGAGUGACACUGAUCUUGGUCACGCUGGGGUUGGCACUGAGACGAGACUGUAUUCCAGUCGUAGUCGCAUCCAGAUCUUGACUACCACACUACUAUAGAGCAUCAUUUUAUAAAGUCACGUUUCAGCAUCAAACCUCAAGUGUUAACAGUAUAAUGUUAUCUCGAUGCCAAUGCUUGCACACAUGGGUGCACCAUGGGUGACCCUAGCAGACUGUAGGUUCCAUACCUAUAUAAGAGCCUGUCCUGCUGUCUCAUUGACUUGCGGUGGUUUUCUUCUGGUCCCGAUAGUGUGUUCCUUUCCCUGUGAUUUUAUGGUUAUCUGAUUUUGGCUUGUCUAACUACUCUGAUCUCUGUACUCCUUGACCUGGCUUGGCAUUUUGUUCCUCUGGAAUAUCUGACCUUAACUUGCUUCCUGACCUAGCUAUUUUCGCCUACUAUAGGCAUUGCGCUAAGCCCGUCCACCCUAUGCAUCGAUAAAAUGCUGCUAUGCCUUAUUAUAUUCUUGGGCAGCUUAGAUUUAAGCUCCUUGUGGUGGGUUAUCAUACUUACCUUGACAGAUUUUACUGUAGUUUUGGUUUUUAUUCAGUGAUCUUUUACAAAACGUAAAAUUCUAUAUUUUAAUUAAGUUCCUAUCUGACUCACCAUUUUAACUUUAGUUCUCAUUAGUGUGCUCACAAUGACUGACCAUUUUCCAUUAAAGUGCUGGUUCACCGGGUUCAAAUACCCAUGCAGAUCAGCGCUGAUGUCACAUGACAUCUCAAUGCAGUUCUAAUUUAUGGAACAUCGUGACUAAAGAGUACUUUGACAGAUACAGGUAAAGGGUUGCACCACUACCACUCCAGUAAUUUGAUUUGAGUGAUCAUGGUGCCUGGGGUCUGUAUAUGCCGUGCAUCACAGAAUGACGGUCAUUGGCUGACAGGAGUCAGCGGACGCUCUCAGCCAAUGAAUGUCGACCCCCGCAGCUUUUGGCUUUUGCAGCUCUGCCGAAGUCAGAAGCACAUCACUGGACCACCAGGGAGCAUGGGAACUCAAAUCAGGGGGCAAACCAUUGCUAAACUGGGGAACCAGGCCAGGGUACUCGUGACAUCAUAACCUCUACAGCAGCUGUAGUGGUUAUGAUUCUUGGAGUAAUACUGUAGAACACCUGUUGUAGUCAAGAACACUUGUUGUAUUCAACAAAUCAGGUUGUCAAGUUACAAGCAUUCAUUCAUUAUUUUAAACAGACACCUGACAUUGCCAAUCUGAGGAAAUGUUUCCUCGGGCAACCUUUGGCACAAAUUCAUUGUAUACAAAUAAAACUCAUAAUACAUCACAUUCAUUGAGUGUUAUUCUAAAACAUUUCCUUUGAUUUCCCGCACAAAAGUACAGCCUAUAUACAAAUCACAAUGUGACAUGAUAUAUUUUGACAUAUUUAUAUUUGAAUUAUUAUUUAUGAUUAACCAGAUUGUGACUAAUGCAACUAUAUUCAUUUGAAAACAUAGGGUUCAAUUUGCCUGUUGAGUUAGAAGCCGGUCCCAAGAUGUGUGUUUUGUUUUUUUUGUUGUUUUUUUUCUUCAUUCCCAGAGGAUGCCCGUUUAUUGUAUCUUGCCACUUGUAGAGUAUAUUUUGUCCUGGCAUGAGUAUCCGGUAGUGUGAUACUGGGAAAAAUCAUUGUGGAUGUAGCCUUGUUCAGAUGCAAAAAGUAAAACCUUGUCACGGUCUGCCUAAAACCCGUUACCACUAAUAAAUUUUUUUUAAUUUUUUUUUUACUUUUCAGUGGUCUGCCUUUAACUAAGAGAGACCCGAGUGUUAUUCUGUCCACCAGCUAAUGCAAUAUUCCAAAUACAAGCAAUGAACAGGAUGGAUAGGAAUGUAUUCUAGUGAGUUAGAGGUACCCAAGCUCCCAGUCCGAGUUAAUAAAGUAUAAUUAUGAUGCCUAGUUAAUUGGACCCAGUGAUGCUGGACGCAGAAGUUUUGCAAGCAUUCUGUACCUAAUAUUUCUAACCAUAGUCCAAAUGUCUGGUUCUACAGACAUUUGCAUACACACAAUCUAGCGGGGGAGGGAGUAGAGGUGUGGGGGGGUUAUUUUCAUUCUGAAAAUAAAAAAGCAUAUUCGAUUAGCGGAGGGAGAUGGGAGGGAGCUCACAGGGUGGGAGUGGAGAGCCAUCUUUAACUUGCAGUCGCUCUGCCUGCUAGGGGAAAAUGUAUACAAAAUGUAUGCAUGCUGACGAUCGAUGAAAAUAUGCACAGAAUUGACGCUAGGUAGCCCAGAACAGUCAUAUUUGCUGGGGGUGCACACCACUAAAGAUAAACUCUGCAUGUGCGACAUUCAAGUUGAAACACUACACAUCCAGUUUACUACCACCAUGACCACUUCAAAGAAAUUAAGUUAUCAUGGUGGGUUGUGUAACCCUUUAAAGCCAUCCAGUUUUAUUAAGUACCGAAUAGGCGGUCUGUAAAUACUUUUAAACUUGCCUUAUGCUGUGUUCAAUUCCUCAUAUUUGGUUAAAUAGGCCAGAAAAUCUAAAACAAGAUUGAUAUGUAGUCCACAACAUUUGGACUGCCAACGGUGGCCUACCCUUGCAUUAAUGAUACCAACACUACGUACCCAAAAUAACGCCUGUUUUGCAUUGAUAUCUCCUAUAUAUUUUUAUUUUUUGGGGGGGUGUGUCUCUAUUUGUUUUGUUUUUAUUUUAUGUAUUUUUUUUUUUAUUUUUUUUUAAGUGUGCGUGUUUCACAUUACAUUUUGUUGCCCAGGCCGUGACCCAGCCUGGAGAGGUCCAUCAGGUGGAGAGGGACCCUUCCCACAGUCCCUCUCAACUCUUCAGCAGUUCCGACACCCCCAUUUAUGACGCGGCGCAUGCACACUGACUUCAUGACGCUGAUGACAUCACGGCCUGUCAUAAAGUUUUGGGGGUGUGACCAUGGAAUUAAAGCCACAGAUUAUAAAAAGGUUUGAUAGGGCAAGGAUCAUUGCCCUGUUGUGGUUCUAAUUUCGGUUCCCAAGAGUGCGUUAUAUUCUGUGUAUUUCUGGUUAUUGAUCUUGGCUAUUCUCUAUUCUGUAAUCCUGUAACUCGGCUAUUGGUUUUUGUAUACCUGAUUUCUGGUUUCCCUGUUGGUCCUUGCUGUCCCGAUAUCUGCUUUCCCUGACCAUUCUAUAUCUAUCAAACAUAAUAAAGUCCGGCCAUUUUAAGGACCGGUAUACGUUGUUACAUCUAUUAUUAUUUACACACUUUUUAUCAAACCACUUCAAAAGUAUUGAGGAGGACAUUAACAGACUUACAGCACAAUUUCCACUUUAAUUAUCUGUAGUGGUUAUGGUGAUUAGAGCUGCCCCUUUAAUACAACAUCUAGUUAGGGGGCUAUCGAGAAUAUAUAUAUAUCUUUUGCUUUGAAACGCACUCUUUUCUGUUUCCUUAGCAGCUUUAACUCUGUUGUUUCUGAACUUUACUCAGGCCGUUAACAGUCACGCCAUGAUGUACUGGCUGCAGCAGCUACAAAUAAAACGCUGGGAAUUUUGCAGAGCGGAGAGUGGAACGAACAUUGGGACAGCACCAUCUUCUGAAAUGACUGUCCGUGAAUCUGAUCCACCCGAUGCAAGUAUGCACAUACCGUAACAAAUGUCUGAGACUGUCCACUGAAAGAACAGUACUUGAUCACGUUGGCGUAAAAAUUGCAUAGAUUUUUAUGCUUUUGUUUAAAAGCCAAGGUAGCAUUGUGUCAUGCUCUGUGGGGUAAACGCUUCAAUAAAGAUGAUACAUGGGGGGGAAAAAAACUAGAAAAAAAGAGGUUAGUUUGUAUCCAGUUUAAAAAAAAAAAAAAAAUAGCAGCAAAGGAAAAGUAGUAACAUUUAAUAGAAAUAUUGUCUGCUUUCUCAAUCCUGCAAUCUCUAAAAUGUAAUUUUAAAGAGGAACUGUUGCUUUUUUGGAAAUUAAUAAAACAUUGAAAAUCAUCUGUAACUUGUGUUAAAAGGUUACUCCAACCAACACAUCUGCUUUUCGAAGUGGUUAUGGUACUAGGAGUCUGUAUGUGCAGCUUUUCUGCUUGAAACGUUACACAUACUGAUAUAUUUUGCACUUUUGUGUCUGGGGCUAGUUGCACCCUCGGCAAACGUGACAUAGACACACUGCACCAGUCUGCCUAAUGUACCAGUACAUGAUUUACGUCUGUCGUCAGAAUGUAUUUGUACCUGUGUCUAUACUGGAGGCGCUGACUGUUCAAGGUCGCCCAUGUGGCCAUGUGUUCUAGACAUUGGAAACUCAUUGUCGUUUUUUUAAAAAAAAUGUUUUAUUAAAUCUCUUGCCGCAUGUUCCUCUGUACACAACAGCUCCAAUGUGCCCCAUGGGUGCAAGCAUGCCAGAUUAUUUUUGUGCACAACUGAGUCUAUUUAAAGGGACACUAUAGGCACUGUAACUUCUUCUCAUUGACGUGAUUAUAAUGUCUGGAGCCCCCUGACACUCACUCUAACCAUUUUAAAUGUUUUAAUUGUAAAUGAGAGUCCCAAGCAGCCCCAUCCUCUCUAUUCACCUUGGGCUAAUUAUAAAACAAUGGGUAAUUGGGAUAGGCUAAAUGCAGUUAGUUUACACUCUCAGCCAAACAACACCCAUCGCUGAAUGAAUUGGUAUGGCACAAAGGAAUUGUGUAAUCUCUGCCUUAGGCAUACCUCCAGUAGGGCACUGGGCAGUGAGAGGCCAGUUACUCUCCUUCAGUGUCAGUCAAACUGCUCCAAAAAAGGGUUAACAUUGAAUGGAGGGACAGUACCAGGGAAUCUAGGCACUAUAACCAAUACAAUGAGAUAUAGUGGGCACUGUGUUCUGAAGCCAGUGGACUCGGGGCUCUUUGCUCUUUUAUAAUUCCGUUGACACUUUGGUAGAUUCCUGUGUAUUCUGUUAUUUUUUUAUUUUUUUGUCUAUUCUGACCACUGGAAUGCUGAGUCUGUUGCGUUUGUGCUUUUCUGGUUCCCUGAUCUGAUGUUGUUUUAGACUAUAUAAGCCUGCUCUUGGGCACUUUGCGUUUUACUUUUUAGAUGGUAUUAAAUGAUGUCACUCUAAAGACUCAUAGUGCAUGUCGAUGUUUCUGUUUACCUAUGCAGGAUAGGUUCUAUAUUUGUGUGUUUUCGGUAGCACGCAAUCUUACACCUGAACAGAAAAUAUAAGGCUGCAAAGUGAAAUGCAGGAACGCCUAAAGCACUUUCCAGUUUACCUUGUUAAACUCCUUAUUGCACAUAAAAUGAAAAUGUGUGUGUGUGUGUAUAUAUGUAUAUAUAUAAUGUUAUUUCAAAGGCAAAUAUAGACUAACUGAGAUAUAUAUAUAUAUAGUUUUGUGUGUGCAGAAUUUCACACAAGUAUAACUUAAUUUUUUGUGUACUGGAAUUUCAUCCUCCACAUACUCCUUACAUAGGGACCCUGGCAUAAGGAGUUUGAUUGCCCUUCGUGAGCCUGGUCGUCCCUGUGUGAGCCUGGUCAUCCUUGUGUGGGCUGGUCUAGGAUAUCCUUUGAUCUGCCCAGUUGUGAUUGGCUCAUGCCCAUCGCAGCAUAUGCCCAGUUUUUGAGAUGGCAUGCUAGCCAUGAUCUCAUGCCUCCCAAGUGUCCCUAUGUAGGAGGGACAGUCCCUAUUUUAAACCCAAAUCCUUAUUUUCUAUCCCAAUGUCCCUCUUUUGUAGGAGCUCAGGAUACUCAGUCCUUCUGAAUUCACACCUAUGCACCACAGCAAUAAUUUACACAGUAAUCAGUCUUUAAUUUACAAUGAAUGGGUUUAGAAAUCAGUAAAUGUAAAUAAGAUACAAUGUAUUUGUUCUAAAUUACAUUUUAGCUAAAUAAAUUAUUAUGAAGUCACCUAAAAUUUUUCAGAACCGCCCCGCCCCUGGCCACAACCCCAACUCACAUUCCUAAAUUGGAAAAAAAAGUGUCCCUUUUUGUCCAUUUAACCAUAUGUAAAAAGAGGGAACACUGCAGUUUUAGAAGUAGGGGCAAAAUAGGUGAGCUUAUAAAAUACUGAUUCUGUGCAGUCCCGCCUCCGUAAUCAUCAUUGUGCAUAUUUAAACAGAAAGCAACUGUGGCAUGGCUGCUUUAAUUUUUUUAUGUGAUGAAUGUAGCUGCUCUUUGAAUCAACUUUAUUGCCUAAACAGCAAAGACUUCCUAUUGAAUUGCAAUGGGAAGCCUGUGAUUGGACUGCUACAGAAAGUCUGGGUGGGGCUAAAAGGGGAGGGCUUGCAAAAUCAGGAAUAAAUGCAUGUUUUAUUGGGGCAAAUCUUAACAAUUGUUUAAAAAGAAGAAAGCACAUUGAACAGUAUAAAACAAUGAUUGUAACUUUAUCUGGCAGUAGUGGGCUCACUAAUUUUAAUUAACGUAUUGUCCUAUAAACUCCACAGGUGACGAAUUUGACUGUUUACCACCCGUGAAAACUCCAACUGAAGUGGUGGGUUUAUCAAUUGCUGCAUUACCUGCCCCCCAAGAAUCUAUAUCCUUUCAAAAUAUCUCCUUAAAGCACCCAUGGAAAGAAAUACAGUAAGUGCAUCCAAGUGGUUGAGCUUUGUACAUAUUUAUAAUUUCACUUUAUCAGUUUCACAGUAUGUGUCAUACUAGACCACAAGUUAGAACUCAUGUGUGGACUCUGCUGAAAGAUGCAAUAGCCAAUGCAAUACGUCCUAUGUGAUUUGUAGGCCUGCCUUUUGGGGAUAUCCUACUUAUCCCAUAAACUGCUACUGGAAAGGGGUUUAUGGAGUAAGGAAAAAACCCAUAACCUAGAAUGAGGUGGGAGCAGCUAUAGGCAGACCCACUAAACCGCAUUAUAAAAACACUGGAAGUCUGAAUCUAUGUAUAUUGUAUGGUUUUAUAAUUUUUUUUAAUUUUAUAAUUGGUUUAAAACGUUUUAUUGUGACAUUUCAAGGUGUCAUACUUAAGUUGAAAUGCCAUUUAAUUUAGCAACAGCCUUAAGCAUUUUGCAUAACAAUACACACCGUAAAAUUCCCCUCUCCCCUUAAACCUGCUCUAACAGGAUCUAAAAUUAAUACAUUGAGAAGACGCUCUACCCAAUAAUAAAUUUGCACAGAUAUAAAUGCUCUAUGCAUUUUAUAUUUCCUAUCUUCAUACUAUAAGUUUAUAUAUGCUUGCCAAUUCUGGAAGAAUCAAUCUGCGUUACUCUGUUUGUUAUAAUUAUUAUAGCUAGUGUAUCCUAAAUGCAUGAAACCGUUUUUAGCUUUUAAUAGGGCCAUAGUCCGCAGGAAUACAAUGAUGUAGGACAGAUUGGAGAAUGGGAAUUCAUAAAGUGAUCAAGCCCUGGAAUCUAGUCCAAUUAAAUGUUUAUACCUACUUACCCAGUUAAUGUCCAAAAGAUCUAGAUUUUUUCACCCUAGAUUAAAUCUUUUAGCAAUCUGUGUCUCUUGGAAUUCUAAAAUAUUUCACAUUAGAAAGUGCAGAUGUUUAAAACUUCUUGUGUUACAUGUCAUUAGGUAAUAAUGUUUGAUAUUUUUACCUGGGGUUUUUUAAUUGUUUAAUCUUUUCCAAAGUGGUUUUAAAAAAAAAAUUUAAUCAUUGGAAAAUUAAAAUUGGUAUAUUAUGAAGUCUUACAUCACUGUAACAGAAUUGGAUUCUGUAGAGUUUAUAAAAUUCUUCAGUUCUGAAUUCAUAGUGUGUCUUAUAGCCUAGUACUAAUUAUCCAUCUCUUUUCUUUUAACAGGAAUACUGUGCGUAGUUUAUGUACUUCAAAACCUAGUGCAGGAAAUAGCAUUUUUCACUUUAACAAGAUAGACGAAGUGACCGAAGAAAAACCAGGUAUCAUGACAAGGCUUUUAUUAAAUAACUUCUUAUAUUACUAAUGUUUUGUAUUUAGAUGAUUAUUUCUUAAUUGCUGCUCCAUUUUACAGUUGGCAUAGGUUAAUCGAAGCAUCAUGACCACUUCAGUAAUUUGAAGUGGUUAUGGUGCUUGCAGUCUGUAUGUUUAAAUAUUUUAUUAUGGAAUGCUGCACAUAAAGAAUUUAACCCCUUUGCUGCUGGAUGUGUAACUCCACUUCGAGCAGCGUCAUUGGAGCAUCAUUAGCCACCCAGAAACAGGACUGGCUAAUUUCCUUUGUGUGCAAUUUUCAUUGAUUGACUGAGAGUAGUCAGCCGACGUGCUAUGGCUUUGCAGAAGCCAUAAGCGAUUCACCCAGCAGUAGCAGCGCCGUGGAGAAUGGCAGGAUCCCAGGUAAGAGGACAAACCAUUACUAAGUGAUUUGCCCCAUUACAACAGCAGGUUGUAGUGGUUAUUGUAAAACUUUAAUAGCAGAAGGGAUUGCAAAUUAGUUUAAGCGUCUUUUUGUCUUCUAUAUAGUGAUAUACAUUGCUGGGUCAGAUACAUGUUUUUUCUUUUUAGAUCAAAUUGCAAGGAUUUUGCUACAUUCUGGGAGAUUGUGGGUUAGGCUUGGGGCUCAAAAGUCCCAUCCAGUGUUAAUAUCGUGAUUGUCACAGUCUGUGAAUGAGAGAUUUGUUCUACCUCAUAUCAGUCACUACUGUUACUGGAAAUAGGGACAUGUGGGACUUUCAAAUGUUACUUCUGGGAUUAGCACCACUGAAUAUAACCUGGAAGAUCACCAAUCAAUUGUAUUAACCAUUUUUUUUUUUUUUUUUUUCAACCAAAUUACAUUCAGUUCAGACAAGGCAAAACCAGGGCACAUAUUUCAAAUGAAGAGGAGAUAUAUAAACCUUGUAUUAUUCCUCCUCUCUCCGUAUGCAUUUUCCAUGCUGAUUGUUAGAUGCAAAGGACAGAGUUUAUAGCAAUGAUUAACAGGGGGCCAAGAUGGAGGCGCCAAGUUACAGGAUAAACCGGUUUGAAAUCCUACAUCUAAUUGCAUUUUUCCCAACUCACAAAUUAAUUUGCCAUAUAAAGGGAUAAGUAAACCUAAUAUUAAAGGGACACUAUAUUCACCAUAACAACUACAGCUUAUUGCAUUUGUUCUGGUGAGUAUACUCAUUCCCUUCAGGCUUUUUGCUGUAGACUCUGUCUUUUCAGAGAAAAUGCAGUGUUUACAUUACAGCCUAGUGAUAACUCCACUGACCACUCCUCAGGUGGCUGCUAGAGGUGCUUCCGGUGGCUGUGCUGCACACUGUGCAGUACUGCCAUUCAGUGUCUCCACCCUCUGCAUGCAGACACUGAACCUUCCACAUAGAGAUGCAUUGAUUCAAUGGAUCUCAAUGAGUAGAUGCUGAUUGGCCUUGGCUGUGUUUGACUUGUGCUGGCUCUGCCUCUUUGACACUCUCAGCCAAUCCUGUUGGAAAGCAUUGUGAUGGCUCACAGAAUCACUUCUGAUGAUGUCAGGCAUGCAGGCAGGUCAGAGACAUAGGCAGCAGCUGCAGACUUGAAUACAAGUAAGAGUUUACUAUAUUUAGGGAGGCACGGGGGGCUAGAUGGUGGUUUUAACACUUUAUGGUCAAGAAUACGUGUGUGUUCCUAACCCUAUCGUGUUCCUUUAAAUCUCCUGGUAAGUCACAGUUCCCCCUUUAAGGCCAAGUCAUAACUGUGCAUUAGGGAUAUAUCACUGAGAGUAUAUAGUCAGCCAUUCUGCACGUGCAAGAAUGCUUGCAGUGAAAACAAUUACCCUGUUAUUGUAUCGGUUAUGGCAUAUAAUUGUCAUAUCAUAUAUCCUUUGUUAUGGCAUGUAAUGAUCGUAUUAUAUAUUGUUCAGCAUCGCAUAUAAUUGUCUCAGCUGAUUGUCAAAAUAAGCAUUAUAGUUAUAUGAUUUGUUAACUGUAAGCUAUAAAGAGUUAGUCAAGUUAAAUAACUAUUGUUCUAGUAAGAACACAGUACUCAUCCCUACAGAAACACAGAACAAAGGAGCUGGAGAAUUACCAAUGCCAGUCCUGGCUUGGCGAGAAACACAUUGAGUGCUGGGAAUCUGAAAUAUUUUUAUAUUUUGAAAAUAUAUAAAUGAUUCAGUUCUCCACCCCAAGAUGCAUAUCUCGGCCAGUUCCCCAUACAAGGGAGAAAACCCGAUGCAAGCAAACCCCAAUAGACAGGUACACAUGUAAACACAUCUUUAUAUACACAUAUACAGAAAGUCCGUUAAAGGGAGACACUCCGUCAAAAUAAAAAAUACAUAAAUCACUGUUUAGUAGAUAUACACUUAGUGAAAACACGCAUGCCGUUAAUUAUGCAUUAUUCUUUGGUGGCAUGUCUAGAAACAGCUUCUGUCCCAGCCCAGUCUGUUUGUGGCUAUCCAAUCACCGACUUUUCAUUGCAGCUCAAUGAGAAGUCUUUGCAAGUCAGGUGCUCUGGGAAUUGCUACGUCUUGUGCUUUAGCUCCACUGAGCUAACCAAACCAGGAAGUAACAGGACCUAUUGAAAAUAACUAAUAUAUUUACCUUUUUAAAGUUAAACAAAUGCACUGUUAUGAGUCUGUCUGCAGCUACUGGCAUACCUCUCUCUUAUCAGGAAGUUGUGUAAACCCAAGAGCAGUUCCCCUUGUCCCACAGGAUAAGUUUAAGCUCUGUAAACUGAUAGCAACCAUACCACAGCUGCUCCCAGUUUAUACAUAGCCUGCUUCACUUGUUACUGACUCUGACUAUGUGCAUUGAUUGGCACAUGCAAUCACAAUCCACAAUUCAAGUCUCCUAGGAGGAUGAAAAAUAUAUCCUAAGUCCGCACUCAAUCGAUUGCUUUCAAACAACGGUCCUUUGUACGGAGUCAAAGAAAAAAAAUAGUCCUGAACUCUGCAGCACCAAGUCUUUAACAUGAAAAAAACAGCAGUCAUGUUGUAGUUUUGGUACAAGCAACGUUUACUAUUUUUCCUGUAUCUACCGGGAGGGAUGUCUGAGCAAAUUAAUUUUUUCUGCAAUGAAUGAAGAUAAUGAUUAAAUAACAGAGGUAUAAAAUAAACCGUAUAGCCAAACAUAAAACAAAGUAUUUUUAAAUAAAUUAAAUUUAAAAAGACGGACUUUCUAUUUCAUGCAUUGACUUGUUGUUUUAGGUUGACACGUUAAUUUGCCUAUUUCUGCUAAGAAUAAUCGAAUUAUAUAAGUAAUACAUUGUGCAUUAUCCAACCAUUUACACAAUUGAGAUAAGUUAAACAAAAGGAUACAUUUUUGAUGUUAAACUAAAGAACUUAUGCAAAGCAGUUUUCAAAUAUAUGUAAAACGGUGAGGCAGCUCAUGGCAGAUAUUGAUACUAUACUUGUUUAACAUACAAAGGUAAGGCUGUACUAGGGAACUGUGGGCACCAUAACCACUUAAUUUAUAUUAAGUAGGUUUAGUGCUUUUACUCAAUUUGCUUUAAUGGUACGCUGCUGGUGAAAAUGAAAAAUACCAGAAUUUAUUAUGGGUGACUUUUAAUUUCAUUUCGGAUGGAUGUCUUGGUGGAGGCAUAGACAAUCUUCAACUUAGUAUAACUUAUAAUCUACAUAUUUGCGGUCAUCAGCACAAGGUAUAUCUUAUGUGCAUACCUGCCUGAAGCUAGCUCUCUUUCUUUGACAUGUUUUAUGGGUUAGUGCCCCUUUAAACAUAGUACAUAUUCUUUCGUUUAGUAUAUUUUCAUCUUCUAAAUCAGCCAUUUUUCCAAAGGACCUCAAAGUUAAUAACACGUUUAAAGCCCUUUAACCUUUGUGUUUUAUAUUUGUUUUUUUGUAGUAAAGGAAAAUCAUGGAUUAGAAGUCAUCACAAAGCCAGUUCCAAAGUUGUCGCCUUCUUUAAACUUUGGCAGAAAAGCCAGAAGACAAAACGGUGUUGCGGCUCCGAGACAUGAUUUGGCAACUACAGAAAUAAGCUCUGCUGAGAAGUUUAGCAGUCCCCAGCAACAAAUCGAAGCCCUUACCAGAGAUCUGGAAUCCCAGAAGGUUGGUGAUUAGACCGUAAAUGUUAGGGGCAAGAAUAAGGGGCCGAUAAAGCCUAGUGCUUGUUUAUUGGGUUAGCCGAUCAUCAUUGUUGCCUUCUUUCAAAAAAGAUGGCAGUAAUUUCUCUUAAGUCACUGUACCAAGGAGUCUUCUUCCUGGAUGAGCUGUAGGUACCCAAGGAUGGUUCAGAAUCUUAUGUUUCCUGAAUUUUUUUAUUUAAUUUUUUUUUUUUUUUUUUUAUCUUGCAUUUCUCUUCUAAAGGGACUCAGAUCCAUUUGAGAAAUGAUUCAUGUUUUACGAUUAUCUACUGUAAUAGUACUAAUACUUUUAUUUUAUCAGCUUUUUUAAAAUAUUUUUCAAAACCUUCCCUUUGUGUGAUGUCCACCUUAGACUACUCAGCAGAAUUUAAGAGAUAUAUAGUUCUGAUGGCAAGAGUAGUUUCCUUCAUGAAAACAUGAAUAAAACAACUCUGGAAAAUAAUAGUAGGCGCUUUAUUGUCCUGAGUCGCAUUUUGGUUUCACAUUAAAAAAAACAUAUAUUUUUUAUGAAUCCAUCCCAAAAUAAUUUGUAUUGUUUUCUACACUAUGUUUGUGGCAUUUUCAUCCAAAUGAAAAUGGAAAUCAGAAACCGUUUUAAAUAUUUCUUCUAGAAACUUGUUAAACUUCUGCAUCGAGCGAUUGAGUCUGCACAGCAGGAGAAGCGAGCGUGUGAUAAUUACUUGAAUGCUACAGAGGAAAAGGACAGACUGGAACUCGUGAGGCACAAGGUUAGGCAAAUAGAAGAUUUUAGACAGCGCGUGGAGGUGCUGGAAAAAGAAAGUAAGGAGAUGCAGCAAUCGGCCAGACUUCAGGAUAUUCAUAUUGCAGAAUUAAAGGAGCACAUACAGAUGCUGAUGGAGAAAAACAGCGCAAAACAAGAAGUAAUAUUGAAACAGACAGAACAACUCCUUAAUCAAAAUGACACGGAAAUUGUCAAAGGCAACACCUGUGUAACGCUACAGCAGCUAUGGAAGAAAAUUGACUGCUUAUCGGUGAGUUGACAAAAUGGAUAUAGUUAACCCCUUAAGGGCCAAACUUCUGGAAUAAAAGGGAAUCAUGACAUGUCACACAUGUCAUGUGUCCUUAAGGGGUUAAAGGCACUCUAAGCACCAAAACCACAACAGCUUUCUGAAGUGCUUAUGGUGCAAGAAGUCUAUUUGUGCUGUUUUUCUGUUUUAAAAUGGUGUCAAGCGGUUUGACCGGAAAUGGAGGUUUCCCUGGAUUGGCCAAAGGUCCAUCCCCUCAGCCUGCGAUAUCUUAAUGGUGAUGUUUUCUCCUCAUUGUGUCCAAAAUACUUGUUUAGGAAAGUGGUGUUUGGCCUGCUGAUUUGACGUAAAGCAUUUGGCAGCAACAGACUAAUGGCAUUUUAAAUAAAUGCCACAAGCAGAAAAACCACUAUAAACACAAAUACAUUUUAAAGGAACACUCCACUACCUGAAUACAAAAAAGAAAUACAUCUUUGUUUAGUAUAUAUAUACCCCGGAAGGAAAAAAAAAUUUAUGCAUUUAUUUAUGAUUUUAUUUUUUCAUUGGGAGUGUAUCUAAAAACAACUUAGAAAGGUGCAAAUCUUUUGUUUAAAGCCUUUGCAAGCCCUCCCCUUGUAACCCAGCCCAGACUUUCUGUGGCUGUCCAAUCACAAACUUCCCAAUGCAGCUCAAUGAGACGUCUUUGCAAGGCAGGUGCUCUGGGCAAUUGCUGCCUCUUGAGUUUGGCUCCACUAAGCUAAUAUAACCAGGAAGUAACAGGACCGGUUGUCUGAUAGCCAGGGGGUGUGACAAGAGAUAUAUACUAAAAAAGAAAAAGUGCCAAUUUUAUUGAAAUCUGCACUUUUUGUAAAAUGUGGGGAGUGGGGGGACACACACACACACUCUUUACACAUAAAGUACUUCAGCAAGCUAAAGUGCUCUAGGGGUCUGGAGUCCCCCUUUAAAGAAAGGCAAUGAGACAAAGUGGGAAUGGUCGCUUUAUAUAUUGAGAAUGUCAGACAUUUGGAGAGAGACAGAGACUAACAGAGAGGAACACAGACAGAAAUAGACAUGCUGAUAGAUGGUAAUAGAGGGAGGGAGAGAUAAAGAAAGACGACCCUUUGCAUACGUUAUCGAUGUAAUAAGGUAGUUAGAUGUUACAUAACAAAAGGUGUUGUUGAUAAUGAAACAUCUAUACUAACACAAUUUUUAUGCUAAUUUUAAUGCUAAUUUUAACUAGAGCCUUUAACAUUUGUAGCACUUAUGUAAAUAUAAUUAUUCAUGAAUAAAUAUAUGUAUAUAUAUAUAUAUAUAUAUAUAUAUAUAAUGAAUUUCUGUUCUACACUAUUUUCUUUUUUUUUUUCUAUCUUUCUUUUUUUUUAUAAAGGAUGAUAUAGAGGCUUAUAAAACUCAGAACAGGUUUUUAAACUCUGAAAUCCUUCAACUCACAAAUCUCUGGAGAAAUGCUGCUGAAAAGGACAAAGCGCUUUUUAUGAAGGUAACAUAUACCUGGCUUAAUAUGAGCAAAAAAGCAUUUUAUUAAUUGAACUGAGAUUUGACACAAGACUGAAAUAAUGGAACUGGAAACAUUCUCCAUCUGGGCUCUUGUCCAGUUUGACUAUUCUGGCCUAACACUUGCAAUUUCCUAGUGCAGGGAUAGGCAACCUUCGGCACUCCAGAUGUUGUGGACUACAUCCCCCAUAAUGCUCUUACACCCAUAAUGCUGGCAAAGCAUCAUGGGAGGUGUAGUCCAAAACAUUUGGAGUGCCAAAGGUUGCCUAUGCCUAGCCUAGUGAAUCCUAGUUUUGGUGAGUGUGACGGUAGUAACUGGUAUUACCAUCUAGUAUUCCUUUUCCCAAUAGCAGAGUACCGCCUAGAAUCCACAGGAAUAAAUAUCGCUGGUAUCGCCAAAUAAUCCACACAUGAGCCAAAGCUUAAUGCUGGAACAAGACUGAUUUACUGGAAGCAACAGGCAUUGAAUUUAUACAGUACAAGCUCCUCCUCUGGGCCAGGCUAGAUAAUUGAGUUUCAGCAACAUACUAAACUCAAUUAUCUGCUGGCUAGAAACAUAAAUUUUCAACAUUUUUGGAAAUCUACUUUCUACAUGACAUAGCUGGGGAUACUGGGAGUAACCUAUCCAAAUUACACGAAAAUCCAUUUGGUAGUUUCCGUGUCGCAUCGUGUGGAAGUUUGACCGGCUCACCAUGUGGUUGUAUCCGAUUUAGAGUUCCAUGAAAUUGGUAGUAGAGCCGGUCUCCGUUCGUGCAGAAUUACACGAAAACCACCAUAGUUAUACUGCAUCUGGUUACAUGAGAAUGCUCCCCUCGUUCGUUUGAUUGGAACUCCCGAACGCCGGUCUGAUACUACGAGUGGAAAUAGGUCAGACGGAACUACCAUAAAGACCGGGUGUUUGUGUAAUUGCCAUGCCGAAAACAGUUCCAGGCAAUCCACGAGUAAGUCCCGCUGGCCGCGUUUGGGAGAUUUAAGAUGGCCGCCAUCCUUUGUUCUCAACACAUGUUCGUAUGCCGAAUGGCUGCCACCUAGGAGCACUCAAUUACUUUGCGGUUUUUGUGUGGUUACUUGGUGUUUAAAGUUCUGAUUGCUACCCAGGGUUGUCUCCGUUCGGUAGAACAAAUUAAUUUCCCGAACACAUAAAUAAAACAAAUAUUUCAAAGUCACUUAAAUAGCAGGGAGAGGAAAUAACCGAAUGGAUACAGGGAAAUCCUUUACAGUGAGUAAGCCACAUAGUCUCAUGUUCUAUGCUGAACCAUAAUUUUGUUGGAAAAUUUAACCAGUUCACUGUAUCAUAUCCUUGGGUAUAACCUAUCUCUGCAGUAAAUUGAAGAAUGCACGUUUCUUUAACGACUGAAAUGGCGUAAGAGCAGGAAUUAAAUUACCAUUUUAAAGUGUUACUCCAACCCCAAAAAAUAUUUUGAUAUAAAUUUUAAAAAUAAAAUAAAAGAUAAAACUUACCUCUGUUCCAUCGCCAAGACCACAUUCUACUGCAACCUGAUCCUCCUUGGCUGGUGUCACUCCCCCUAACUGGAGGGAGAGAGAGGUCGGGAUGGGGUGCAUUUCGCUAUUGGCUCUCUGUCACAGCAUGCUGGCGCCCGACACAAAUUUUGCUCAGAUUUAAUAUUAACUGGCUUGAAAAUUUGCUCUUGGCUGGUUAAUGACAUUACUGUAGGUGGAGUUGCAUCUCUGUAUGUGCAACAUUUCAAAGAGAAAUGCUACAUUUUCAGACUCUGGGACCAUCCAUAGUCACUUCGAAUCACUAUAGUGGUCCUGCUGGUUGGUGUAACACUUUAAAAUAUCAAAUAUUAUUAAAUACAUUAAACUAAUUGCUGGUACAGAAGGUUUAGGGCUCUGCUCUAACAGGCGAUGAUGACAACAGAGGUCAACAUCUGAUUGUGCGAUGAUUCAUUGGAAAUUUGAGAUAGAUCGGGCAGGAGACAUGGAUAAGAACAGAUUCUUUAUGGGAAUAACUAAAUUGUAUCAUAUGAUUGUGACGGGACUGGAAAGUAUUAAUUAAAGGAACAUAAAUGCUAAAAAAGCAAAUUAAAAAAAAAAUUAAAAAAUUCUUAUUUUUAAAGUUGGUGCUGAGCCCCUUUCAGGAAAAAAGGUAUUAACCUGUAAUACAACCCUGAGACUGCCUCCUCUGCUACUCUUCUGGUGUAGUGAUCAGUUCUGUUGGACUUGUGUCCAAUCCAAUGCUUGUCACAGAGAAGAGGGAAUUAGGGUGCCUAUGCAGUAGUCGCUGCUAUUUGCCCGUUUCAUGCUUCUCGUAAAGAAGCACUGAAUCCAGUGUAUUUUCAUGAGAGGCUUUGGAUGCAUUUGCCAUCAUCAUGCUGUGUGUGAUGACAACGAACGUGAAAAUCAAAGGCCUGAAGGAGGAAAAGAAUCUAGUGUCUGCCUUUCUAACAACCUCUAGAAGUGUGUAAACCUUUUUAGAAGUGGCAAUAUUUUGCAGUUUCUGAGAAAAGAGCCAGCAUAUAUGUACCAAAACCACUACAUUCAGGUAUAGUGGUUUUGGUACUUUGAGUGUUAUUUUUAUAGUUGGGUUUUUUUUUUUUUGCGGCGGUGGGGUGACUACCAUUUGAAGAGCUUGGGGGAAAAGUCCAACAUGGCAAGGGGAAGAAUUUGAGACAAUCUCUUUGGCCUGGAAAAAAAAAAAGUAUGUGGUGUGAGAAUAAGUGUCAAAAAAGGUGAGAAAACAUGAAAAAAAAAAAUAUAUAUAUAUAUAUAUAUAUAUAUUACUAGUGUGUGUGUGUGUGUGUGUGUGUGUGUGUGUGAAGAUAAUAGGAGAGGAUGUAGGACUUGAGGAAGUGACAACUUGUUUUAGAUACGAUUACAUUUAAGAAUAUUUUCCCUUCAAUGAACUGCAUGUUUUAACCUUGGUGGAACCAUUUUAGAUGCAAAUAUUGUAUGAAUAUUGUUUUAUUGUGCUCAACACAGUGUUCUUACCUGGAAGCUAGGAAUUGUCAAAUAGAAAGCAAGUACUUAAUUGUGCUGAGAAAGUUGCAGGAAGCAUUGCCGUACCUGGAUGCAGAGUACCGUGGAACGAUUAAAAGCCUCGUAGAAGAUGCUCUGGAGGUCAAUAUGAAAGAUGGUAUAGACCAGACAUCUGUGAACUUUAAUCCGAUUAGGUAAGCUCUCUCGAUACUAAUGAAUGCAAUUAAUGUGAUCCAAAUACAUUUGUACGGGGGUAAAGAAAUAACAGGUAUGAAAGCGUGAUUACAACUAAUAAGCUGCUGGGGUUAUUGUGCAUGGAGCCUCUUAAAGGGACACUCCACUUCUGAAAUAGAAAAUUUAUAAAAAUCACUGCUUAGUAGAUAUAACCCAAAUGAAAACUUGCGUGCAUUUAAAUAUUCAUUUUUUUUUUUCCAUUGGUGGUAUAGACAUUUUAGGUGACUUAACAACAUUGGGUAAUAAUUUAUAAAACUAAACUAUAAUUGGGGGCGGGGCCUAACCUUCAUGGCCGCCAGACGUUCUUCAAGUGAGCUCCUCACAUAAGAAGUGUGAAACACGACAUUAGAGCGAGGUGAUAUCCACAAACAUUGCCCAAAAGGACUAAGCACCUACAACUAGCAACUGGGGAACGCUUUGCAGCGACUUUGGAGCCACACUUGAUCACACGUAGCCAGCUACAGCUUUUGAGGCCUACUCACCCAGCACACCCCACGGAGGGGAGACCGGCCGGUCUCCCAGUCUGGGACUGAAUGUGGGAUACAGGGCCGGUGCAAGGAUUGUUGCGGCCCUAGGCAAAUGAAAAACCAGCCUGCCUCCCCCCACUGUGACAUCACAAUGCCCCACCUAUAUGAUCUGCCAUACGAACUAAUGCCAGUGCUGCACACCGUGUGUGUUUACAUUAAAAAGCCUGCAGGGACUGGCUAUAGACACCAGAACCACUUCAUUAAGCUCCAGUCGUUCUGGGGACUAUAGUGUCCCUUUAAUGUAAUGUACAUUAUAGAUUAGUGUCACUAAUAAUAUACUAGAUUGCCUACUUACAACCAGAUGAGGAUGGUGAUGGGCUCUGGCUGCAGUUUGGCUCCACUGGUCUGGUGUAGAACAGGAUCUCUGGAUGCUGUAACUGUGGUCACAAAAUGUAAUCUUCUGGGAGAAUGGGAAGCAGCUCCAUUUUUUUGGGGGGCCCCUUACACAGCUCAAGGUCUGGGCCCCAGGGCCUGACGGUGAGUAUGCCCAUAAGGCCCACCCAUAAGUCCACCUACACGUUCCACCCAUGAGUUUGCUCACAGGGAGUGGAGUGUGUAGGGUAUGUGUUAUUGUAGAGGAUCUAAUGUGUGUGCGUAUGGUAUGUAGUGUAUAGGCGAUGCAGUGUGUUUUUGUGUAGUGGAAGCAGUGUGUUUUUGUGUAAGGGAUAGAAAGCUGUAUGUGUUUGUGUAUAAGGGAUUUAUUGUGUGUUUCUGGUUGUGUGAAAGGGAUACAUUGUGUGAAUCUGUGUAUGUAUGCAUAAGGGAUGCAAGGUGUGUUUCUGUGUAUGUAAGGGAUGCAGUGUGUGUGUCUGUAAGGGGUGCAUUGAGUGUGUGUAAGAGAUGCAUUGUGUUUCUGUGUGUAUGUAAGAGAAGCAGUUUGUGUUACUGUGUGUAAGUAAGAGAAGCAGUUUGUGUUUGCGUGUGUGUAAGGGAUGCAUUGUGUGUUUCUGUGUAUGUGUGCAAAGGAUGCAUUGUGUCUAAGGGAAGCCUGUUCUGUUUCUGUGUGUGUAGGGAUGCAUUGUGUGUUUCUGUGUAUGUAUAUGGAUCAGGCCCGGACUGGCCAUCGGGCAUACCGGGCAAAUGCCCGGUGGGCCGCGAUGGCCGUGGGGCCGAGGCCGGCAGGGGAUCUCCCCGGCCGGCCCCUGCAGGGCCAGCGCUAUCCGAGCGCCGGCCCUGCAUAGUGCCUCCAUGGGCCGGUGGGGAGAUCAAAGAUCUCCCUCACCGGCCCACAGGAAUGGAGAUGCGGCCGCCAGCUGGGUGAGGGAGGGAGGGAGGACCCGGCGGAGCUCUAACAAGCAGCUCCGCCGGGUCCUCUCGCGAGAUUCUGAGCGUUGCCGCGGCAACGCUCAGAUCUCGCAAGAGUGAACUCUAACCUGCAGGUUAGAGUUCACUCUCACCACUGGACCACCAGGGAAUGCAGCAUGGCUCCCCUCAAGGCUCCCCCUGCCAGGCAGAACGGAUCUCCCCCUCCCAGGCUAAAGGUAAGAAGGGAGGGGGGGGGGGUACAUAACUUAUAUAUAAAAAAUAUAUACUUAAAAUUAAUUCCCAAACAGCACCCCCAGACACACACACACAGCACCCCCAGACACACACACAUACCCCAGACACACACAGCCAACUCACACACAGCACCCCAGACACACACUGCACCUCCAGAAACACACAGCACCCCAGACACACACACUGCACCCCCAGACACACACAGCCAACUCACACACAGCACCCCAGACACACACUGCACCCCCAGACACACACAGCACCCCCAGACACACACAGCACCCCCAGACACACACAGCCAACUCACACACAGCACCCCAGCACCCCCAGAACACACACAGCACCCCCAGACACACACACACAGCACCCAGCACCCCCAGACACACACAGCCAACUCACACACAGCACCCCAGACACACACUGCACCCCCAGAAACACACAGCACCCCAGACACACACACAGCACCCCCAGACACACACAGCCAACUCACACACAGCACCCCCAGACACACACAGCACCCCAGAAACACACAGCACCCCAGACACACACACAGCACCCCCAGACACACUCACACACAGCACCCCCAGACACACACACACACAGCACCCACACACACAGCACCCCAGACACACACACAGCACCCCAGACACACACAGCACCCCCAGACACACACACAGCACCCCAGACACACACAGCACAGAGACACACACAGCACCCCCAGACACACUCACACACAGCACCCCCAGACACACACACACACAGCACCCCCAGACACACACACACACAGCACCCCAGACACACACAGCACCUCCAGAUACACACACAGCACCCCAGAGACACACACAGCACCCCCAGACACACUCAGCACACCGAGGGACACACAUAGCACACAUAUAUAUAUAUAUAUAUAUAUAUAUAUACACACACACACACACACUACAGCACCCCUCACACUGCGCCACUACACACAUUACGCUCCAGAUACACGCUAGAUCCCUUACCCUAUAUGCACUCUAAAUCCUCUGCACACACAAUCUUCUAUACACACUCUGGGUCCUUUACACACUAGAUCUCUUACACACACACAGUGCACCACCUACACACACACUACAUUCCUUGUAAGGAAACACAUACAACAUUCUCUAAACACACCCUCUCUACAACCCCUACACACACUACAUCACCUAUACACACACACUACUGCCCGUAUGCACACACUCGCUACAUCCCCUAUAACACUAUGCCCCUAUACACGCAUUCUCUACAGCCCAUAGCCACACAUAUUACACCACACAUAUUACACCUAUUUACACAAUACCACACCACACUCUACACACAGGCAAUCCCACAAGCAGGCGCCAAACACAUGCACCAUACACUUUCCUGGCCCUUUUGUCCUCUGGUAUCCCACUUGUGGAGACACCAGAGACAAUUUAAAAGCAAACACAGUGCAAGCAUGUUAUUACAUUUGCUUGCGCUGCGCAGAACAAAUACAGGGCCUUUUUCUAAAGCCAGAGCUCUUCAGCGGGGCUCUGCACAUUGAACCAACAUGCUCACUUUGAGAGGGGGCGUGCUUGUCAUUAGUGAUGACAAAACACACCCUCUCUGGCCCCGCCCCCUUCUUGGGGGGCCGCUCUAAUUGAAAAAUGCCCGGGCCUAAUUUUUUUCCCAGUCCGGCCCUGAUAUGGAUGCAUUGUGUGUGUGUAUGCGCGUAGUGUGAAAGAGCUCCCUGUCCUGCCCCCUGUCCUAUAUAGCUCUCCCUUCCAUCCCUUAGAGCUAUCCACUGCCCCUUAGUGGUCUCUCCUCUCCCCCCACCCUCCCCGUGUUCUUCUCAUCUUCCCUUCUCCUCACCCCCUCCCUGUGUUCUUCUCAUCUUCCUUUCUCACUCCCCCCUCCCUGUGUUCUUCUUCCCCCUCCCCCUGUGUUUUCACCCCCCACCCUCCCUCUGUUCUUCUCCCCUGUGUUUUUCACCCCUCUGUUCUUCUCUCCCCCCGCCCUGUAUUCUUCUCGCCUCCCCUUCCCUGUAGCAUGGGUGGCCGAGCUCCUCUUCAGUCUGUGGUACAGGAGCUUCUGUUUCCUGUACCCGGCCGGACAGAUAGGUAGUGCACACUAAGUGUGCACUUCCUGUCAGUCCGGCCAGGUACAGGAAACGGAUGUUCCUGUACCGUGGACCGGAGCUCGGCCACCCACGCUACAGGGAAGGUGAGGAGAGAGGCAGUGCUGCAGCCGCCUGAGGCUCUCUAUACAGCGCUCAGGCGGCUGCUGCAUUAAAAGGGCAGGUGAUGGGGGCACAGGGCGCCCCCUCUUAUGAGACGCCCUAGACGGCUGCCUAGUUCGCCUUAUAGGAAGCGUCGGCCCUGGAUACAGCUACCCCAUGUUUCUAUCUUGAUUAAUAACACAAAUGAGGCAGAAAUGUCUAGGAGCUGUCUAAACAUAGUGUGAUACCUAGCUCGCACCUCCUCAUACUAUAGUGUCAGUAUGUCUGACUUGAUUUAUUUUCUUACCUGCCUUUAGCAUGACAUUUAAGCUAUUGUAUCGCACUAAAACAGUUCUAGCCUGCAUCACCUAGUUUUUAUGCUUGGAUCAGUUCAUGUAGUAAGCUCACGAUUAUCUAGCCUGAUUGUGUUUUUCGCACGUUUACACUACAUCCUUAAAAACACAAAAUGAAGCAGACACUAAUGAGGGAAUGUAUCGAUGUUAUUGUUUACUGUAUAGGUGUACAUUUAUGCUGACCUAUAUCUCUUUUUCUUCCUUUCUGUAACAUAAUCACAUUGCUGUAAUAAAACAAAAAUUUACAAAAAUAAAAUUAAAAUAAACUACAAUUUAGAAUAAGAACAAUGUAUCUAAUUUGAUUUAGUUCUUUCAAUCUAUCCAAAAUUAACAGUUGUAUUUAAUCAUGUCAAAGUAAUUAACAAUUAGGAGUUUGAUUAAUAGUACCAUAAUACUAAGUACAGUACCCCCACUAAUUCUUGCUUUACUUUUCCCACUGUGCUGUGCAGUAUGGGUUUAAUCUAUAAAAUAGGUUGACUUUCCUAGGUUGGCUGAAGAGGGGAUUGGUCGCUGAGUGCCGUAAAGUGACCAGUUUUGUCAACCCAAUUAGCAAAAAAUUAUUUUAACUUGUCUAAUCUAGUGUGGUCAAAUGAUAUGCUCUUACACUCAUCAUGCGUUUGAUAUUGGCACUCUAGGGAAAGAAAAAAAAAUAGAUCCUGCGAGCCCAAUAUCAUGUUUCCAAAAAAACCUUGCACUAGUAAUUUCUUACGUCAUAGUUGUGAGCCAAAUGUGUUUGGCUAAAAAGAUGUUAAAAGAGUAAUUGCAAAUGUCUGUUAAAAUAGAUAUUGAAAAAAAGGGUUAAUUAUGAAGGUCUUCAUUUAGUCAAUUUACAUUUGCCUAUCCUCCUUUUUUGUUUGCACAUGUCCUGUAAAAUAACAGACUUUUUUUUUAGUUACAUAUUUGCAGAAAGGAAAUGCAAAUUACACCAUGUUUGGCUUUCUUUUAAACUUUUUAAAAGGGACUUUUAUCCAAGUAUUUUAUUGAUAUUACUUGAGUUUUCAAAUAUUUUCUUGUUUCAUUUCUGACGCUUGUUACAUUGGAUUGUUUGUCCCAUUACAGUGAGUAUGAUGAUUAUGGCUUCAUGAUCAUCCCAAAAUACGAAGUGGAACACUUGAGGCUUCUAGCCAAAAUCCAAGCCUUGGAAAUCCGGUCGAAUAAGCUUCUGACACAAGAUGUGGUGGACAAGUCUUUAAAAACAAAAUGGGACAAUAUUGAAGACUUGGCUCAUUCAGGGGAGCUGAAGAACCUGGUGAGAUGUGGCAUUCCAACAGAACAUCGUAAACGUGUGUGGAUGUGGCUUAUCAACGGCCGGGUCAACAUUAGGGCCAACCAUUAUGCCCAGCUUCUGAAGAAGUGUGAGAACUCUCCUAAUCCAGCCACUCAGCAGAUUGAACUAGAUUUACAUAGGACUUUGAACAACAACAAACAUUUCACUUGUCCAACCUCAGAGUUCAUCCACAAACUCAGAAGAGUUCUCCUUGCGUUUUCCUGGCACAACCCCACCAUUGGUUAUUGCCAAGGUCUGAACAGGUAAAACUGGCAUAAAUAUACAGUUUAUUUAGGUUAAUAUUAAUAUGUUGCUAAUAUAUUUAAAAAUAAGCUGAAUGUAACCAAAACUAGUGUUUUGUUUUUGGCAUUAUUAAUUAGUGUACAGUUCUGAAGACAUUCUGCAGUCACCCAUUCGUGUAAUUCAGUGAAGGUAACAGAUUAUAUUUAAAGCGACUAUAGUCAGCUAAUCAACUAUAGCUUAAUGAAGCAGUUUUGGUGUAUAGAUCUAUCCCACAUGCAGUCUCACAGCUCAAUUCUUUGCCUUUUAAGAGUUAAAUCACCUUGUUUAUGCAGCCUUAGCCACACCUCUCUGCAUGUGACUUACACAGCCUUCCUAAACACUUCCUGUAAAGUGAGAUCUAAUGUCUAAACUUUAGAAUUUUCUGUCUCCUGCUCUACCUACACCCCUCAGGAGCCUCCUAUAUCUGAUUAAAGUUCAAUUUAGAGAGCAGGAGAUAAACUUUUAAAGCAAGUUACUAUCUGAUUGAAAGUGAAACCAAUUUUUUAUGCAGGCUGUGUCCGUCACAGCCAGGGGAGGUGUGGCUAGGGCUGCAUAAACAAAGUGAUUUAACUCCUAAAUGGCAGAGAAUUGAGCAGUGACGCUUCAGAGGCAUGAUCUAUACACAAAAACUGCUUAAUUAAGCUGAAGUUGUUUUUGUGACUGUAGUGUCCCUUUAAGUAGCUUAGCCAUAUUUUUUCCAGUGCAAUAAAAUUCAUAUCAAAAUCAUGGUAUGUGACUUUUUUUUUUUUUUUUUUCUAUUCCCCCAAAUGUGAUCCUUUAAAGCAAGUGUUUUGGCUUUUUUUUUUUAGAGAGACUGUUUUGCCUUUACUGAUAUUCGCCUCAAUUUAAUAGUUUUGGGUAAACUUUGCAAAUUAUUAUUAAUUUUUGGAUAAACCUGAGGAUAAACUAAAAUAGUAUUAAAAUAUUUUAUAUACAAUAUCUUUAAAAUAUUUUUUAAAAUAUUAAAUAACCUCAAAAAAUUUAUCCAAUAAUAUUAAAUCAAGGCCUUAGUAUUCUGAAAGAUGAGUAAAAAAAGAUAGUUAUCAUUUUAUACACUCACCGUAGCUUUUAAAUGAGACGAGAUUUUAAAUAAAAUAUGUCAACCAGACUUUGAUAAAGAAUGUUAUCAUGCUAAAAUAUAGCAUAGCAACUAGACUGAACCUGUCUUACAUCUUAAUUUUGAAAUGUACACAAAUGUGAAUAAAAUUCUUAGAAAUCUUAGAACAAAAAUGUAAUAUUUGUUAUUUUUAUUAUUUAUAUCAUCACAUAUUUUUACUUUGUUGAAAACUAGCAAAUUGCCUUUCUUACUUAAAGGAUCACUAUAGUCACCUAAAUUACUUUAGCUAAAUAAAGCAGUUUUAGUGUAUAGAUCAUUCCCCUGCAAUUUCACUGCUCAAUUCACUGUCAUUUAUGAGUUAAAUUACUUUGUUUCUGUUUAUGCAGCCCUAGCCACACCUCCCCUGGCUAUGACAGAGCCUGCAUGAAAAAAAAAACUGGUUUCACUUUUAAACAGAUGUAAUUUACCUUAAAUAAUUGUAUCUCAAUCUCUAAAUUGAACUUUAAUCACAUACAGGAGGCUCUUGCAGGGUCUAGCAAGCUAUUAACAUAGCAGGGGAUAAGAAAAUCUUAAUUAAACAGAACUUGCAAUAAAGAAAGCCUAAAUAGGGCUCUCUUUAUAGGAAGUGUUUAUGGAAGGCUGAGCAAGUCAUAUGCAGGGAGGUGUGACUAGGGUUCAUAAACAAAGGGAUUUAACUUCUAAAUGGCAGAGGAUUGAGCAGUGAGGCUGCAGGGGCAUGUUCUAUACACCAAAACUGCUUCAUUAAGCUAAAGUUGUUCAGGUGACUAUAGUGUACCUUUAAUAGUGCUAAUUUGGAAGAUUUUAUUCCACUGAAAACUACACUGAAAUGCUAUUCAAUAAAACUUAUUUUAAAGAAGACAAUCGUAACUGGUCAUGUAUGCAUUUUCACUAGAGAAACAUCUCUCAGAAUUUCAGUGCUUGGUAAGCCUUCCCAAUGAUUUUUAAUUUUUUUUUUUUUUUUUUUAUCACAGAACCUGUGUUCUUGAACACUUGACAAAAAAUCUUUUAAAUGUUCAGAGAUCAACUGUAAUCUUUUUUUAUUUUAUAUAUAUAUAUUUUUUUUAGGUUAGCUGCUGUGGCACUUUUAGUCUUGGAAGAAGAAGAGAGCGCUUUUUGCUGCUUGGUUGAUAUUGUGGACAAUAUAAUGCCGGCAGACUACUACAGUAAUAAUUUAUCUGGAUCCCAGGUGAGUGUGAACUUCACUUUGAAAAGUCAUUAUUUUUUAUCUCUAUGUUUUGAUCAUGCAUAUAUUAACUAGGUGUUAUUUUAGUGAACCGUUUGAGUUGGACUUUCACUGGAAUUUACUUGUAUUUCAUAUAAACCCGCUGUACAGCACUGUGCAAAAUUCAGUAUAUAUAAUAAACCAACUUUAGAAAAUGUAUUUUAUCCCCAAUGUAAGUUCUCACUUAUGUAUAAAUGUCCUCAGUACUUCUUUAAGAUAGCAUUAUUCUGAAAUCUGUAUUUCACGAUUAAACACAUACAGCAAAAAUGCUACUUUAAAAAUGUUUUUAGUCAUUUUAACAUUACGCAGUCUAGUAUAUGGAAUUAAAUCAUUUGUAAUCCAACCAUAUUGCCCCCACUCCAGCACAACAUAAGUAUAUUACUUAAUUGGAUAAAGUCCCCUGUCUUUCAGAGGAAAAAGCUUGUCAAUCAUUAAAGUGAGAUUUUCAUAAUGUUUUACUUUGGCUACUCCUACUUCUUGUCCUAUCUAGUGUCCCAAUAAAAGUUGUUGGGUUUUUUUGUCACCCAACUUCUGUGUGUCUUAGUUGUGUUCCGCAAUACUCACCUCCUACUCAAUGGAUCCAGCCCCGCCAUCAUCCCUCAUUCAUGGGCAGCAACCUCCAGUUCAGCUCUGCUCCUUCUUUCGGAAGCAUCGGAAAAUUAGUAUCCUCGUAAGCAAUGAGCCAUCGCCACACAGCUCACCUUCAACAGACAUCAGCAUGAUGGCAUAGAAUAUUUCCCAUAAAUCGGUUGACCAUUGAAUUUAUACAUUGCCUAGUGAUUUUACUAGCAAAAUAUAUAGAAUGAGGAGAGGUAUUUAAUAAAAGUGUCAGAACCGGUUGGAACCAGAACUUACAGCCUGAAUAACAAUCAAUAGACUUUCUAUAUGCCGGUUCUUAGAAUGGCUGGGUUAAUGGACAAACCGAGUCAGAGAGAAUAGCUGUGGUCAAAGAAAUAUAGAAAUCAUAAUAAAUGUUAAACAAGCCGAGGUCAAAGGAUCACAGAAGACAGGAACAACGAUAAACCAGAACCAGAAUAAAUACCAAAGGAGAAUACAACUGUAACGCGCUAUUAGGCUAACAAGAACCACAAUAGGGCAACAAGGAAUGGGAGAGGUGAGUGUGUAUAUAUAGGCAGGUCUUACUUCUUAUUGGUCCAGGUCAGCAAGGAAUUACAGAUGAUUCGUGGACGGUAAUUGACCUCUCUUGUGUGACCUCUUAUGUCAUAUAUGUGCACCAAAUUCGAUUUGCGGUAUCGUCAUUUGAUUCAGUGAAAGCCGAAUUCAGGACUGCAUUCGGGCGCACAUAAAUGCACGCUAUGCACUUGUGUGCAGCGUUGGACGGAACGCCAGAGGGAACAGGAAAGUGGGCGGAAAGCAUGGCAAAAAGUACAUAAGUAUUAUGAUAGGUAGUGUGGCCGAAGCUUGACUGGGGUCUCUCAGGAGCUCUUCCGCCAGACCAGGCUGUAGCACUCCUUUCAGACAGAUAUUGCCACCUCUGCCAAUUCCGCUGCAGCCCUUCUUCCAGGCUGGUAUCAGGAACACUGUCUAUAACAAUAGGCAACCUUCGGCACUGCAGAUGUUUUGGACUUCUCCUCCCAUGAUGCUUUGCCAGCAUUAUGUGUGUAAGAGCAUUAUGGGGGAUGUAGUCCACAACAUCUGGAGUACCGAAGGUUGCCUAUCCCUGGCCUAUAAUGUGAUUAUAGCAAUUGCAGCUCUCGGGCCUAGCUCUUUUGAUCUAACCCAGGACUACAGGGAUCCUGCAGCCAGCAAACCGGUCCAAAGACUUUGUAACUGGGAUCCCUAAAACAUACACAGAGGACACAAAUUCCAAAAGGAAUUAACAUGGUUUACUUUAUUUUAACUUGGGCCUAGCCCAUAUGAUCGUUACACUUAGCUUGAUGUGACAAACUUAAUAAAAUACAAUUAACCAAAACAUGUCAAAAAACAUACAGGGGAUUAUAAUAACAUAUUUAUAAAGGGGUGGGGAAGACAAUAUUUAACACCAAAUAGCUCUCCUGUUGCAAAAUUAAGAGUAUGCAAAUCUACCUUAAAAUACAAAUUAACAAUCCGUGCUAUUCAGGUAGUGCAUAUUGCUACCAGUAGAGGGCACUAUAUAGGCUGCAUAGCCAAAUCCACUUAGUUGGUAACAAGCAUUAACAGGACCAGAGAGCACACAAAAUAAUAGUACACACACAUCAUAAACACAUUGCACCUAUAAUGGCCACAGGGUGACUUAGACAUAGGAGCCAUUUAUGAACCAUUGUAAAGUGUCCUUCUGCUCCCAGUGAUGGUGACUGCUGUCACAGUACCCUUUUAAGUUAACAUUGUAAAAAAAAUAGAUGAUAAACAAUAUAUUUAUUGCAGAGUGCUCAGAAUUAAACAAUUGCAGAUUCUGUCACUAUGAUGAAUUGAUUCCAUUGUACAUUAAGGUAAAUAAUAUAUAAAGAAUAAUGGAUUUUAUUAAAGACACGGAGGCUCAUAUUAUGCAUAACUCUUUCUUUAUUUCCUCAGCAGCAAAGAAAGAGAAAUAUAAAUAUUAUCAAAACUGAAGAAAAAACUGUAUAGGCACAACAGGUAGCCAAUCACAGGGUAUAGGAAGUAGCUAUAUAAGUCUUGUGUCUCCCACAAUCCUCCUCUUUCUUUGCUGCUUCCUCAGACAGAUAAGUGUUUCUCUGAUCUUUGGCUUGCAUUGUGAUUCCAUUUUAAUUUGUAUUACAGUGUGUUUCAUUUUAUGAUUUUUCAUACUGUUUGUUUUACUCUUAUUUGUUUUCUUAUUGUUUAUAUUGGUUUUGAUGUUUUGAUUUUGAUGUUUUGAUUUUGUUUUUCCCCGGCUGGUGUCUCCCCUCUGGGCCCGCGGGUGUGUCUCUGCCCCGUCCGGGCGGCCCCCACCCCUCCCCUCCUCUCUCCCCUCUCCUACCCGUGUUUCUGCACGGGACCCGACCUGCUGUGCCGCGGCCGCGAUUUCCUCGCGACCGCGGCGGUGUACACGCUUCUCUCCUCCUCCCUCACUCCAGUUAGCGUGUCGGUGCACGAGCCCCUUCCCCCGCCGAGUGUUUUCCUCGUGUGCCUUCCUCGUGCGGCGGCCAUUUUGGGGGCGGUCUUUUGUAUUCCUCCCAGUGCUGCCGUGCGACCGGCCACCUCGUAGCCCUGCUCCCUGGGGACACCAGCCAAAACGUUUGUUUUUUCAAUUUCCUUGUGGGUUAAUCAACCCUUCCCUCUCUCUCCCAGCUAACACCCUGGUGUUAUUCAGCCUGCUUUGUUUGUAGUCAGUUUGGUAACUAUAUAAUUGCCAUUGCAUUAUUAUUUUACUUUAAAUUCUCACUGUCUAUUCUGUCACUGUCACUACCAUGCAGGAUAGGGGUGAUGGGCCUGUUGGUCCCCCAGGGGACUUCCAAUUAGAUAGUACUGAUGGUGCCAUGGCCUCCCAAGAGUUUCAAGCCAUGUUAGAGGCCACUAUGGCUUCCUCCAUUCAGAAGGCUAUUGCCUCAGCCAUGGGAGCUGUCUCUUCUAAUUUCUCCCAGUCCCUGCACUCUCUGAUUUUACCUCCCAUGGCCACCCCUGCCCUCUCCCCUGCUCAGACUGUGCCUGGAGCCCGUAAGGCAAAGGCUAAGUCCAAACAUGUCGGCUCCCACUCCUCGAUGCAGGUUUUACCUGCCAUGACUGACACGCCUGAGGCGGUCUCAGAUAGCGCGCACCCCACGCGCAAAAGAGCCCCUGGCCGGGCUAAAAAGGCUAGACUAUGGAAAAGGGCUAGAGCCCAUGAUAUUGGGUCGGAUACCGACCGGAGUGUGGAGGAUGAGUCCGACGCUAUGGAGUACGACUCCUUUGAUCAUGAUGAUUCUGGCGAGGAUUUGCCCCUUACGGGCGUGAACCCCUCCGGGUCCUCCGCCAAUACCCGGGGCCCCUCACUUGCUCCCCCGGGGGGUGACACCUCGAUCCUUGACCCGCAGGGCAACCCCCUGUUUGACCCAGACGACCUACGUCAUCCUCGGUCCGCCGAGUGGGUUCCCCCAGAUCACAUCGCCCAAUAUGUGGCUAAGCGUAUCCGCACGCCACUUUCUAGGGAAGGCCGCAAUAAAUUGCGCGCCGAGUGCCCACGCCCGUCCCUCCCGGGCGCGGCUUGCAAAACCCCGGACAUUGACCCGCAAAUUGCUCAAUUCCUGAAUAAGUCAGGAUGGAAGCCCAAGAAGGGCCUUGACCACUCCCUUAAAAGCUGCCAGGACAAGAUCCUGGAUACCCUAGGUCCCCUUUCCAAGCUUUACGAGCUUUUGGAUGCUGCCAGGACCGGGGACUCCGUCCUGGACGUGGAUGUGGCCGUUGGUUGGGUCCAAAGAGCUAUUUGCUUACUGGGGAACGCCAAUACGGCCAUGUCUACAGAAAGACGCAAGGCGAUCCUCCUGAAGAUCGACCCUAAAUUGGCCGCUAUGACUGUGGCGGAGCCUGAUCCAACUGAGGAGGGUCUCCUGUUUGGCACGUCCUUCGUUAAGGAUAUGGGUGCUUAUGUCAAGACCUUUACGGCUAUUGACAAGGCACAGGCGAACAUGAAGCGCGUGUUCGCGCCUAAGGUUUUCGGAGGGGCCGGGCGUAGCAGGAACCGUCCACCCGGCCGUGGUUUCCGAGGCGCAUUCCGCGCAACCAGAGGUUCCUUCUUUCCCUCGAGAGGAUUUCAGGAACAGAGGGCCCCUCCCUUCUUCCCGGCAAGAGGUCGGGCCUGGGGAUCCAGAUACCCCCGCGGUGGUACCCCCAGCAGACGUCCUUACGGUGAGUACCCUUUCUUCCCCUCACGCUCAAGUUCGGGUGGCGGGGAGACUGGCCCUAUUUUGUCAAGAAUGGGCAAAGAUCACCUCAGAUGCUUGGGUUUUACAAUGUGUAAGGGGUUUCCGUCUGGAGUUUGUUUCCAUGCCUGUCCAGUUUUAUUUCCCCAGAGAAUUGUCCCUCCCUCAGGAACAAGACGAGAUGAUUUCCACGGAAGUGGUGGAGAUGCUGUCCAAGGGUGCUAUAGAGGAGUUGCCGUUCGCCGCCCCAGGCUUUACGAGCAAUUUAUUCCUAGUGCCCAAGAAAGGAGGCGGAGUUCGCCCUGUCAUAAAUCUUCGCCCACUCAACGCUUUUCUACGCUACCAACACUUCCAGAUGGAAGGUAUACACUGCCUCAGAGACCUCCUACGUCAAUCGGACUGGUUGGCCAAGCUAGACCUGAAGGACGCAUACUUUACGGUCCCCAUCGCUUUGGAGUUCCGGGAUUAUCUCCACUUCACCUGGCAUGGGCGUCGUUGGCGCUUCACCUGCCUGCCUUUCGGUCUCUCCUCGGCCCCUUGGUGCUUCACCAAGCUCAUGAAGCCCGUGGUGACAUUCCUCCGAACCCGGGGGGUUCGCCUCAUUAUCUACCUGGACGAUAUCUUGAUUUUAUCCCAGUCACGAGAGGAUCUCCUCACACACCUGGGAUGGACGACCGACCUUCUGCAGAAGUUGGGAUUUCUGAUCAAUUGGAGCAAGUCGGUCCUGGUCCCUGCCCAGUCCAUAGAGUUUCUGGGUUUUCAAGUAGAUUCCAUCCAGCAGUUCCUGUUCCUCCCGGAUGCCAAGGUGAAAGCCAUCCAGAAGGAAAUUCGGAGGGCCCUCCGUGUUCCAGAUUUGUCGGUCAGACAACUGGCGAGAAUUAUCGGCCUUCUCGCGGCCUCUAUUCAAGCAAUUUUCCCAGGCCCCCUGCAUUACCGAGCACUCCAACGGCUCAAGGGAUCACGGCUUCGCUCCGGUCAUUCAUACGAAUCUCGGAUAACAUUAGACGAGGAGUCCAGGGACGAACUAGCGUGGUGGUUGGCGCACAUGGAGGCAUGGAACGGAAGAGCCAUCUUCGGUUCUGCCCCGGAUGUAGUGAUAGAGUCCGAUGCCAGCUUACACGGCUGGGGCGCUCGUUGUGGCAACGUCUCCACAGGAGGCAGGUGGUCCGACACGGAGAAGUCGUUACACAUCAACUGCCUGGAACUUCUGGCAGGUGCCUUCGCGAUCCGCAGCCUUGCUCCGGGGAGAGCGAAUUGUUGCGUUCUCCUCAAGAUGGACAACGUAUCAGCAGUUCGUUACAUAAAUCACCUGGGGGGCACGAAAUCCAAAAUGUUGGCGCUUCUGGCAAAGGAUUUUUGGCAGUUCUGCCUCUACAACAACGUUUCGGUGACGGCGGAACACAUCCCAGGUCUGGACAAUUCGGGGGCGGAUUGGAAUUCCAGACACUUACGGGACUCCGGAGACUGGCAUCUACAUGCUUCAGUGUUCCAGUGCCUGAACAGGUUGUGGGGCCGGUUCCAGUUGGACCUAUUCGCGUCACGCCUGAACACUCAGCUACCGAGGUUCUACAGUUGGAGGCCGGACCCGGCUGCAAUAGCGACAGAUGCCUUCCUCCAGGAAUGGCCACCGGGUCUGCUGUACGCCUUUCCCCCAUUCAACAUGAUCGCACGCACGAUCUCGAAACUGGUCCGCCACGAUUGUCGGAUGGCUUUGAUCACCCCCCUAUGGAGGUCUCGACCAUGGUUCCCUCGGCUGAUGGAACUGUCCAUAGACUACCCUCGUUUACUUCCGGUAUUCCAAGACCUCCUUCUGGAUCCGGAUGGGAACUCUCACGACCUGGUGUUGCAGCAUCAGCUACCCCUCAUAGCAUGGUUCCUUUCAGGGGACCUUGGGUUAUCCCAGACGUUUCGCAGUCAACUCUCCGACUCCUCGAUAACGCCUGGGCCCCGGGUACACGGACAGCUUACCGACAUUCAUGGAGAUCAUGGUCUGGUUGGUGCAUGGAACGGGCAAUGGAUCCCGUAUCUGCACCUCUGCCUUUGAUUCUUGAGUUCCUCACGUUCCUAUUUGAUUCGGGCAAGGCAUACCGCACGAUUAACCUUUUCCGCUCAGCUAUCUCAGCCGGUCACGAAGGUCUAGACGGUUCUCCGGUUGGCAAGCAUCCUUUUGUCUGUCGACUUCUCAAGGGUAUUCGCCUUGCUCGUCCUCCUCGACCUCGUUUUGCCGCCUUUUGGGACGUCAACGUGAUGCUACAGUUCCUAUCAUCAUGGUACCCCAAUUUGGAGCUGACUCUCAAGCAAUUGUCUGCCAAAUUGGUUAUGUUACUGUGCCUGAUUUCUUGCAGAAGAAUCUCUGACGUUCGGGCCCUGGACUGGGACGCCGUUGCAUUCACCCCAGAAGGCGUCACCUUUGACAUUUCCAGGAGGACCAAGUCUGCAUCUAAGUCACUUACAUACCCUAGGUUUUCAGACUGUCCAGCGCUCUGCCCGGUGGAUUGCAUCAAGGACUAUCUGGAUGUUACACGUCCCCUUCGCAUGACAGACCUGCACGAUCUGUUCAUAUCCUUUAAAUCGCCUCACCGGCCGGUUUCGACUCCUACUCUAGCACGUUGGGUGCGCUGGCUGCUAUCCUCCGCGGGUAUAGACACCUCAGUAUUUACGCCCCAUUCUGUCAGGGGCGCGAUGGCCUCGAAAGCCUCUUCAGUCGGAUGUCGCCUAGAGGACAUUAUGCGAGCGGCGGAUUGGUCUCGGGAAUCGACCUUCCGAACCUUCUACUUCAGGCCAAUUGAGCACAUCGCAUCUCGUGUGGUGGCACAGCUUUGAACUUGCAUAAUAUGAGCCUCCGUGUCUUUAAUAAAAUUCCCAGAUUUUACUAGUAACAUGACGUAAAGUCAUGAUUUUAUUAAAGACACGGAGGCGAGUAUUAUUCCCUCCCACCCUCCCGGUGUGGAGUUGGGGUACGAGAUGCUUGGUGGCUCUACAGGUAGGUUUUUUCAGUUCGAUCUGUAUCCUAUCAGUUGAUUUGCAUCUUUUGUACGGGUUGUUGUACCUUUAUGCUGUGUACUAAUUCUGUUGUUUUUAUAUUUCAGUACUCUGUUUUACCUGUGUCUCCCCAAGACUAUGUUUGGUAAGUUUGCAGUUCUGAAUUAAGAAAUUACCAUAUUUCUCUAUCUUUUUUAGCUUGAAAUUGUCGCAUCGUUUUCCCGUUACCCUGUUUCGGCCAAGUGGGACAUCGUUCAUCUUACCUGGUCUUCGGUUCGCAAGAAAGAGGGGGAUUGUGGGAGACACAAGACUUAUAUAGCUACUUCCUAUACCCUGUGAUUGGCUACCUGUUGUGCCUAUACAGUUUUUUCUUCAGUUUUGAUAAUAUUUAUAUUUCUCUUUCUUUGCUGCUGAGGAAAUAAAGAAAGAGUUAUGCAUAAUACUCGCCUCCGUGUCUUUAAUAAAAUCAUGACUUUACGUCAUGUUACUAGUAAAAUCUGGGAAUUUUCAUUAACAAAGUCCAGUAGAAUUCAGAUACUGAGCUUAUAGUGAUUGGUGUUUAAUAUGAGACUGUUGUUAUUCUGUUAGGUCGAUCAGAGGGUAUUCAAGGACUUUUUGUCAGAGAAGCUCCCGAGAUUGACUUCUCACUUCCAGCAAUACAAGAUUGACCUGUCUUUAAUCACUUUUAACUGGUUUCUUGUGGUGUUUGUUGACACCUUAGUCAGUGAUAUUUUACUCCGAGUUUGGGACGCUUUCCUCUAUGAAGGAACAAAGGUAAGACCUUUAUCAGUUAUCAUGGUUAACAAGUGCUAUGUCUAAAAAAUACUUAUUUAUUAUAUUGUUGUUUCCGUAAUUAUAUGCCAGUUGCAUGUUAUUUUAGGUCAAUACAUUUACCCAGAAUUCCAUAUGGGAAUAAUCUUUUUUUUUUUUUUUUUUUUUUUGGGCAAUUGUAGAUCAGAAUUGUCAAGGCGGUAUUAUUAAUAAAAUAAUUCCUUAUUCUUACAAGGAUACUUAAAGGGAAUUUUUUACUUCUCUGGAAUUUACACAAUUGAAUAAAACAUUAAAACCACCUAUAGAUUGUGCUACCGUAUUUAUGUGAUGCUGUUUUCUUGGAAAUCUUAUAUUAAAUGGAUACGAUAGGCACCCAGACCACUUCAGUGUCCUAGGCCCCUUAACACUGCAAAUGUAAUUAUUGCCGUUAUUGAUAACUUGCAGGGUUAGCUCCAUUUCUAGUGGCUAUCUAGUAUUGUAUAAUGAUUUCCUAAGGGGUCACCCAAAACCCCCUUUACUAUGGGGCAAGUCCUAAUGCCGGCACGGCAAUCGUUGCACAUGCGCAUUAGGUCCCCCGCCAGGUGAGGUCAAUGGAGUUUGAGCGGAGGCAGAGCCUGAACCUGCGCCAAGGGUUAUCGGCGCUGCAAUCAGUUAAGUGACAGAAGGGAUUUUAACUAAUUCUGCUUAUAAAAUGAGGUACCUGUGGGUAGUGUAUGUCAUGUAACGGAAUGAUUGUGUUUGACAAUGUAUCUUUAUCUGAACACUCUCUAAGCACCAUAACGACUACAUUGUGCCGUUUGGCUUCUUACCUGGGGUCUGCCGAAUGCCACUCUCUACCUCAAUUAGUUCUCUGCCAGCAGUUACAGGGAAUGAGCUGGCUCUAUAUUGCUAUCAGCAGACAAUCUCCGUCAAUAAGCUGGCCCUCACGACUGGAAGAGGAGAGGCAGAGAGCAGUGCCCACUUAACCCCAGUUACGAAUUCAAAUUAUUAGAAACAAUUAUUCUGGCCCGUCAACUGUUACAACAUGCUGUAGUAGUUAAGGUACUUGAAGUGUUCCUUUAAUACCACUUUUUUGUGUAAAAGCCCCUAUAUCGAACAUAUAUUGCUUUAUACCUUUUCUGACGUGAGAACGCUGAAAUUCACUAUGCUGUAAGUUAACUCGAGAUGAUUAUUGGGGCGCAAUUAGAGAAUUAUAUACUUAAAGUCUUUCGUAAACCUGGGCCCUCUCUCAAGCUAAACUGCUCAUUUUCAAAUUUUCUAAAUUUAAAGCCAAUAAAACUUGGCGAGUGUAAAUUGCUGGGAAUUCAAUGACUGAAAUAAAUUAAAAUGUAACUGACUUGUAGUUAUUAUUUUUUUCAUUUGAGAUGUUUUGGUCUAAUAUUUGAAAUUCUCUUUUUAAAUUUCAGGUAAUUCAUACUUUGAGUAAUUCAGUUAAUGGAUUGUGUUUAACAGGAAGUUAUACUUCAUUUCAAUGUUUUAUUAUUAUCCUUCAACUCUUGUGUAUUUUUACAUGCCUCACCCUAUCUGGCUUUAUUGCUUGAUAACUACAAUGUGAGUGAUUUUUAUAGACUAGGGUGUGCUACACAUUAAAGCGGCACUGUCCCCUUUGAGUAUUUCAUAAAGAGAUCACUUUUCUGAAACACUAUAUUGACUGUUACAAUUGAAAUGGUCUUAUGAAAUUGACAUUCCCGAAGUUGGCAAACGUUGAUGCUUCAAAGAUGCUUCAAAGUCCUCUUCUUUUGUAAGAGGUUCUAUAGAGGAUCCCGCAAUCUCGUGGAUCUAGUCUCAUGUACUGAAUGCACGAGAAUACAAUAGUGAUGUCUGCUACUAGCCUAUAAAAUGACAGAGUCCCGGUCAGCCAUGAUAGAUCCACGACGCAUACAGACAGUCGGCUUGCAGCGGGACCACGCUAAGCCCACAUUGGGUAUCGGCUAAGAGGACACAUUGCAUAUAUGUCCCAAUGAUCCAAUCCUACUAAGUAUGUGCCUUGCAUAAUAAUCGUAAUCCUAGCCUCUAUGAAGUGCCAAUCUCAUACUCAUAACCAUGCUUCACUAUAGGGUGAAUAUAUCUCCCACAGUUAUUGCAGCUACCCAGCUCAGUACCAGCAACAAGCAUUGACCCACUUAUCUAUCUAAGCUGGAAUGUUUAAGCUAACCUACCUUAGUCUGUUUUACUCGUUUUACAAUAUACUCCCAAUACCUAUUAAGCAAUAGUCACUCGAUUAAUGCCUGAAGUUAGCCUGUUUAAACAAAAUUGUGCACGAGGUCUCGAAUACACCAAUUGUAAAGCGUGAUAUUAGACCUGAGGAUUGCCUUUGGGGUACCUCAGGCUUGUAUGUAUACUCUUAUGCACUGCAAAAAUACAAAAUUUAAAAACAAAAAUUAAACAAUGACAGAGAAUGAAAGAGAACCAUUGUAAAAGAUCAGAUGGCACUGCCCACCGGAGAUAAUUUUAGAAAAGUGUAUCUCCUAUUAGCUUUGCCCACCCAGCGCAGUACAAGUAUUCAUGUCAACUUGGGAUUAAUUAGCACACGUGACAGUGCAAUUUAAGAUCAUAAAUAUUGAAACCACAAUCCCACAAAUGUAUUAUUCAAGAGCCAAUACUUUACAUUUUACAUAGUUAUAAUAAAAAUCGUUUGCUCAAAUGUUGUACCAAAUAAUCAUCAAUGUUGCCAAAGGGAUACCAGUCAGAUCAUAGGAAAAUUUGUUGGUAAUCAUUUUUAAUUAAAUUGUAACGAAGUAAAAUGGUUGAAACAUGCUAAUUUUUGUUUGUUUUUUAAAGAAAUAAUCUUCUAUUCCUUAAACUGUAACAGGUCAUCUUUCGCUACGCGCUGGCAAUCUUUAAAUAUAAUGAAGAGGAGAUCUUAAAGUUUAAUAAUGAAUCGGACAUCUACCACUAUCUCUCAUUCUUCACCAAGACAAUCUGUGAUGGCAGGUUAGUUAAAAUGAGAAUACACUACAUGCAUCCAUCAUUUAUUUAUCUUGUUUUACUGCUGUUAGAAAAGUGUUUAAAAAGUUUUAUUGGGCAACAGGUCAAAUUUGUGUCUCUGAAAUGAUUUGCUAUUAAAGAAACACUCACUCCAGACCCCUAAAGCUCUUCGGUUUGGUGACAUGCUUUAGGCACGGUAUUACCGGCUAGGCCCAUUUUUAAAUUUUUUUUAUUUUAGAACUGCAAACACUGCACAACCAGUUAUUGAAUUACUUGUAAUUUUGUGCCGGUGGGGCUAGUUGCUCUGCUCAGGGCUGCCUAUUAUCAACUCUGUUAGUUUUUUUGAUAUCUGUCAUCAGCGUUCACUGCACACGGGCGACAGACGUAAUUUGAUUAGGUCUUAUUGCUCCCAUCACCCUAUUUCAUCCGUUUAGUUUUUUUCAAGACUCCCUCCCUCUCCCCCUCUGCUUGCUGGCUUAGAGUGUGCCCAUGCAUUCUGAGAUGGCUCAAUCAAAGACUUGAUGAAAAAGCCUUUGAAUGGACCGUGCAUUGACUGCAGUGAUGUCAGGAGGGGGCGUGGAAAGCAGCACCAUAAACUAUGUUUUGAUCAGGAGAAUAAUGGCCAAUAGGGCAUUAUUCAUUAAUAAAUAAAAAUACAACAUAUACAAAAAUAUAACAUUAAUACAAUGUUAAACAAACCUUUUGCACACCAGUCAAGCCAUAAGACUUGCUUUUCCCACAGAAAUCACAAAUUUGCAGUGAUUUUACUACCGCAAAGGAUUCUGGGUGGGCAUAUGCAAAUUUGUGUGUGUGUGUGUGUAUGUGUGUAUAUAUAUAUAUAAUGUAUGUUGAAUAGAUUGAUGUAAACCUUUAAGUUGCAUGCACCCUCUUUGCUGUCAAUCAGACAGCAAGGACUGUGCUCUUCCUCAAGUGUUGUCCAAAAGCAGAAGUAAAGAUAAGGAAGCAAGGGAAUAAAUGUUACUUUAUGAGCACAUCGCAGAGAUUGCGACAUAUGCACUAGAGGACCAAAAUGCUUCUCUAUGAAGGGUAUUGGAUUGGCCUGGUAGUAAGAAUCUCUCAGCUGGAAAAAAAUGGUGAGUAACCUCUAUUUGAGACCUUUUUGUGGGGGGAGGUCUAACACUCAAAUCUGGAAUUAGCCUAAUUAUAUUAUGUUGUAUAUGCUAUCAUUAAAUGCUGUAAUAUUUGUGUUCAUUACUUGAGUUAAAGCAGGAGCUUCAAGCUUGGGCUAUAAUCCUGAAAGAGUUCAGCAGUUAAAGUAUAGGGUCAGGCAGGCUCGGACUGGCCAUCGGUCAUACUUGGCAAAUGCCCAUGCAGGGCCGGUACUAUCAGAAUGCCGGCCCUGCUGUGUGCCUUUUUUUUUUUGAUAAUCUUUAUUAAAGGUUUUUUGAUAUGAGAGAGAACCAAAGCUCAGCAACAUGUAGACAUCAUACUUUUUAGCGUUAGAUAUUCGUCUAUAUCUUCAUGAGGAAUUACAUGUAAAGCAUUUCACAUAUUUAUCCAUGGACAAUUAAGUUACCACAUAUCACCAUGCAACAUAAUUACAUUUUAAGGUGUUAGCAUAUCUUCCUAGAUGGUGGAUGUCGUAGGUUUAAAGGUGGAGAGGAAACCAGAGAGAAAGAGAAAGAGGGGUGAGGUGAGGGGGAGUGGGUGGGUUGGGUUACCUGGAUUAGGGUGAGAGACGUUCACAUAGAGUGAACAAAGAUAGCAUAGGAUGGAGUAGAGUGUGGUGUUCCCCUGAGGUCAUCAGAAGCCCUCUUGACGUACAGUGAGCCCAUUAUCAUUUGGUUAUGUAUGCUAUGUAGACGGCCCCUGGGGUUGCUUGGGUGCAUGUGUGUUAGGUUCCCGCAUUUUGUCUAGCCACCUGGCAGUACUUGUUUAUGGGUGUGGAUAAGGGUGCAGAAGAAGAAUGGGGGGGUAACAGGCUUGCACCCAUCAUGUAGAGGGCGUGGUCGGGAUAUCAUGGUAUUUGGAAGCGUGCAUUGGCCGUGCCCCGGAGAGCCGGGCGCCCCCGGGUGUGUCGCCGUUCUCAACGUCUCUAUCCCCGUGUAUUUUGUGAUGUGAAGACAAACCAUGGCUGCCAUCGCUCUGCGUGUUUACCCCCUCUGUCUUGCAGUGUUGCCUGCAAUGCUUCGGCCCCUUGAAUAUCCUCCACUCUGCGGAUCCACUCCUCUUCGCGGGGUAUUUCCGUCUGUUUCCAAUAUAGCGGAAUAAGUGACUUGGCUGCGUUCAAGAGGUGUCGAAGGAUGGAUCUUUUGUAGGAGGAUACUGACAUCUGCGAUAUGUGUAAGAGGGCCAGUGCAGCUGACCAGUCCGUCACGUCGCCCAGUAUUUCUAUUAUCCUCUGUCUGAUCAUGUUCCAGUACGAUGUGAUCUCGCUACACUCCCACCAAAUAUGCAUCAUCGUCCCCCUUUCCUUCUGGCAUCUCCAGCACAUUGGGGUAAUGGUUGGGAAUAUCCUAUGCAGAAGGACAGGAGUCCUGUACCAGGAGGCUAUCAAUUUGUAAUUUGUUUCUUGAAAUUGGGAGCUAACCGAGCUCUUGUGUUGCCAAAUAAGCGCCUUGUCCCAUUGUUGGGGCGUGAAAGUCGUGUCCAACCGUUCCUCCCAUUGCCUGCGGAACAUUGUGUUUGUCGUUAGAUGUCCGGUCAGAAGGUGUUGGUACAGUGUGGAAAUAGCAUUCCCCAGUACGAUCCUCUUCUCACAGCAGUCCUCCAGCCAAGUGCGUUCCCUGUGGAGUUGUUCCUUAUUCCGUAUACUAUCGUAAUAAUGUUUCACUUGUAGGUAACGAAAAACUGCCAGGGGUGUCCGGGGCUUUCCCUCUAGUAAAGUGUCUAGGGUCUGCAGUGUUCCCUUCUGUAAGAUCGUGUGGAUUGGUAUAUAUUCGCGACCUUCCGCAAAGGGCCACGUUGUUGGAUGGAAUCCACCCCCUAUUGCUUUAUUAUUGGUAAUUGAAAGCAUCGGACUGGGCGUUGGCGAGAUAUGAGGUGCCUCCCUCAUGGAGUUCCAGCUAUAUAGCGUUUGUUCCAUCGGUCCCUCUUUAGCGACUUUGUGUUUUUCUGGUUAUCCCUCCCCAUAUGGUUGGCUGUACAGGGGUUGCAGGGCCCUCUCGUGCCAUCGCCACCCAUUGUUUUUGUUGAGGCUCCGCGUGCCACUCAAUAAUUCGCUGCAGGACCGUGGCUUGGUGGUACUUCUUAAAAUCAGGUAGCGCUAGGCCACCGCGAGAUCUGGGUAGACAGAGUAGGUCGUAUCUCAGUCGUGCCCUCUCUCCCCGCCAUACGUAUCGUAUGACCGCGGAUUUCAAAGCGGAGAAGAAAGUUGCCGGCAGGGCAAGAGGUAUUGUUUGGAACAGAUAUAGCAGUCUCGGUAGGAUGUUCAUCUUGAGAACUGCUAUCCGUCCGUGCCAUGAGAUGUGUGGGUAUGCCCAUCUUUCCAAGUCUGUCAUUAUCUUCUUCAGGAGAGGGGCGAAGUUAUGCCGAUAUAGGUCUUUAGGGUUCGGGGUUAUCCAAAUCCCGAGGUAUUUCAUUUUUUGAAAGCACCACCGGAACGGGAACAGUGACUCCAGGGCCAGGAAUUCAUCAUCGGGCAUGGAUACGUUUAACACUUCACACUUCGACAGGUUGAGUCUAAAGCCGGAGAUCGAGCCGAAUUUCUCGAACUCCGACAACAGGCAGGGCAUCGCGAUCCGAGGGCUGGUUAUGUAAAAAAGGAGAUCGUCCGCGUAUGCGGCGACCUUAUGGGUCGUGCCCUGCCACGUAAAGCCCCCGAUGUCCGGGUGUUGGCGUAUCUUCUGAAGCAAGGGUUCCAGCGAUAUGGCAAAGAGUAGCGGGGAUAGGGGGCAUCCUUGCCUUGUGCCAUUGGAAAUUUCAAAAUCUCCGGUGAGUGCUCCAUUGACGCGUACCGCGGCCCGCGGUUUGUCAUAUAGGGCCCGGAUCAUCGUAAGGAAUCUACGUCCCGCCCCCAUCUGGUUGAGGGUAGCGAACAUGUAAGGCCAUUUCACCCGGUCGAAUGCCUUCUCGGCAUCCGUGGAAAUCAAGAGAAGGGGUUGUCGUGUAUUCCUCGCUUAGUGUUGCAGCGCAAAGAGUCGUAGGGUACUGUCCCUUGCUUCUCGUCCGGGUAUGAAUCCCGUUUGAUCCUUGUGUAUAAGCGAGGGGAGAAUGGAUUGGAGUCUGGUAGCAAGCACCUUUGUAAAAAGUUUUGUAUCCACGUUUAAUAAUGAAAUCGGGCGGUAGCUGCCACAGAGCAUGGGGUCCUUUCCGGGUUUGGGGAGGACAGUUAUGGUAGCCGCCAGGGAUUCGGCUCCGAAGUGGCUUCCGUCCGCGACAGCGUUGAGGGCCUUCGUGAGCCACGGCAGGGUUAUCGAUGGGAACGUUUUAUAGUAACCCGUGGAAAAUCCAUCCGGGCCUGGUGCUUUCCCCCUCUUGGCCGCCUUCAAAGCCGCCGCUAGUUCCUCUUAUGUGAUCGGGUUUUCUAGUUCGGUCGCCACAUCCGGCUGGAUUGUUGGUCCUAUCGCCUCGCGGAGGUAUUCUUGUGUGCGUGCCUUGAUCGCUGCUGACUGCGACUGUGUUUCCAUCGCAUCUAAGUUGUAUAAGGAUCUGUAGAAUGACUUGAAUUCCCCCGCAAUGUCCGUCGGGAGGCCAGAGGUCCCGCCCGAUGUGAGGUGUAAUUUGCGAACCUGGGUGCGGGGUGUCUGGCCCUUUAGUAGGCGGGCAAGGAAUCGUCCCCCCUUAUUGGCAUGGGUGUAAAAGAAUGCCUUAGAGCGUUGCAGGGAGCGGUGGUGGCGUUUCACAAGGAGCUCCUUUAGUUGUCGUCUGGAUUGCAUAAGGUCCCGGUAUAUCUCCAUGAGGUGUGACCUUUUAUGCUGAGCUUCCAAAUCUGUGAUUCGCCUAUAGAGGUUAGCCAUCUCGCUUAUCGCCGCCUUCUUCUUAUGUGAGGCUAUGCGUAUGAGCGUGCCCCGCAGGACGCUUUUAUGGGCCUCCCAGAGCGAUAUCGGAGAGAUGUCUGGGGUCGCGUUAUCCUGAAAGUAUUGAGUCAAUGCCUGGGAGAUUUGUUCCCGUGUGCCAGGGUCCAGGAGGAGGGUCUCGUUAAGUCUCCACGUCCACACGGAAGGUCGAAAAAGUGGGGACUCGAGCUCCACUACAACUGGGCCGUGAUCCGACCACGUGGCCGGUUCUAUCUUGGCCGAGAUCAGGCUCGAUAGCCCAGCUUGUCUAAUAAAGAGGUAGUCGAUGCGGGAGUAUCUAUCGUGAAGCGCGGAGUAGUAUGUAAAGUCUUUCACUGAUGGGUUCAGUGUUCUCCAGCAAUCCGCUAGAUCCAUAUCGCCCAGGGCUCUUCGGAUAGCUCGUAUAUGUAGUUGAGUGACGCUACUGUGUCCCGUAGAGGAGUCCAAAAGAGGGUCCAGCGGGACAUUAAAGUCGCCUCCUAGGAUUAGGAUGCCCUCGGAGAAGUCCUUUAGUUUUGCCAGGGUGCUUUUCAAGAACAUGGCUUGUCGUUUGUUGGGGACAUAAAUGUUGGCGAAGGUGUAUAUCUUACCCGCUAUUGCCCCCUUUAAAAAGAGGUACCUGCCCUGAGUGUCCCUAAUGCUGUCCAGUUCCUGGAGCUCCAGUCCGGCGUAUGUCAGUAUUGCAACCCCAGCCUUCCUUGCCGUAGGGUGGUUGCAGAAGUGGUUUGUUGGGUACGAUUUAUUCUGGAGCUUGGGUGCCGCACCGGGGCGAAAGUGCGUCUCCUGUAGCAUCGCCACCAAUAUAUGUAUUUUCUUAAGUUCUCGCAAGAGGUGGGACCUCCGUUCCGGGAUGUUCAAUCCCCUGCAAUUAAGGGUGAGGACAGAUAUGGGAGCCGGUCGAUGGGCCAUGGUUUCUCAGGUGCGUGUGUUAAGCGAUGUAUACCCAGAUUUCUACUCACCCCUGUCCGACUCACGUCACCCCGCGUGGGCGCAGGCCCCCGUGGCAGGCCAAUUGGAACGGGGAGGGAUGGAGACCGUCUUGGGCGGUAGUCAGGCGGAUAGAGGGUCCCUGCUGUGUGCCUUCAUGGGCCGGUGGAGAGAUAAAAGAUCUCCCUCACCGGCCCCCAGGCUGUGAAACGCAGCCGCCUGUGGGGGAGGUAGAAGAGGACCCGGUGGAGCUCUUACCUGCAGCUCCGCCGGGUUCCUCUUGCGAGGCCUGAGUGUUGCCGCGGUUACCAUGGCAAUGCUCCGGUCUCGUGAGAGUGAACUCUAGCCACACAGGCUAAAGUUCACUCUCAUCACUUGGACCACCAGGGAUGGCAGUAUGGUCCCUCCCAGGCAUAAGGUAAGAAGGGAGUGGGGAUAUAAAGUUUUUUUUGUUUGUUUGUUUGUUUGUUUGUUUUAAAUUAACUACAUCUUUAAUAUAUUUAAAUUUACCCCUCCCCAAACACAUCACCCUCACACAGCACCCUCGGACACACACAGAACCAUUACACACACACAUAUAUAAUAUAUAAAAUAACCCUCAGUGAGUUAACAGACAAAGAAAAUUAAAAACAAAGAAUGUGACGGCAGAUAAGAAUACCCUCACACACACAGCACAUCCAACACACUGCGCCCCUCACACAUACAAUACGUCCAAAUAUAUAUAUAUACACAGACUACAGAACCCCUCACACUGAACCACUGCACACAACGCUCCAGAUACACGCUAGAUUCCUUACCCAACUCUGGAUCAUCUACUCUACAUACACAUACACACAUUUAGAUUCCUAUAUACACUCUGAAUCCUCUAUACACACUCUAGGUCCUUUACACACUAGAUCCCCUACUCACAAACUACAUUCCUGACAUACAAACUCUGGAUCCCCUAUGCACACACUACAUUCCUUGUAAGCAAACACAUACUACAUUUUCUAAACACACACACACGCUACAGCCCAUAUGCACACACUCACUACAUCCCCCUAUACACACUAGGCCCCCUAUACACACACUCUCUACAGCCCCUAGCCACACCUAUUACACCACAAACACAAAUAAAAUCAACCUAGUUACACAGUACCACACCACAAUCAGCUCACGCUACACACACAUAAUCCCACAAGCAGGCUCCAAACACAUGUACGAUACGCUUUCCUGGCCUUUUGUCCUCUGGUAUUACACUUAUGGAGACACCAGAGACAAGUUAAAAGCAAACACAGCGCAAGCAUGUUAAUAAAUUUGCUUGCGCUGCACAGAACAAAUACAGGGCCUUUUUCUCAUACUAGAGCUCUCCAGCGUGGCUCUGGGCAUUGAACCAACAUGCUCACUUUGUCAUUAGUGAUGACAAAACACACUCUCUGGCCCCGCCCCCUUCUCAGGCAGCCGCUGUGAUUGAAAAAUGCCUGGGCUGAAUUUUUUUCCCAGUCCGGCCCUGGGGUCAGGAACACAAACAUGUAUUCCUUACCUUACAGUGUUAAAACUACCAUGCCACACCUACAUAUAGUACAAUCUUACCUUAAAGGACCACUAUAGGCACCCAGACCACUUCAGCUCAAUGAAGUGAUCUAGGUGCCAGUUACCGCUAGUUUUAACUCUGCAGCUGAAAACAUAGCAGUUUCAGAGAAAAUUAUUAUGUAGUACAAUACGACAAGGACAAUGGUUCCUUAAACAGCAGAGCAGCAACAUUUAUAAGCCCUACACCUACAGAGAGGUGGGGCACCAUGCCAUAUCCUCUCCUCUUUAUUUUAUCCCCUCUCCCAUGUGCAGUGUGCUGGUUAUGCCUUCCAGAAUAUAUAGUGGUAGCAUGUGCUACCAACCAGGCAUUCACUGUGAUCUCACGCUACCUAACCAAUAGAGGGGUUUGCAGAAAAUUUCUGUACCCCAGUACCGCAUCCCGUUAGGUAGCCUGGAUAACCUGUACUAGUGAUAUUUCUUUUUGUAUAAGGCGGCUGCUUUGAGUAAAAUAAAAAUAAAAACACUAUAAUCCUCUUGCUACCUCACUCUACCAAGAUCUGGGGCUUCGGCCUCCAAAGCCACACCCUUGCGCCGCCUAUGCAAUAAAAACAAACAUCUAUACGAUCAAGAUUACCAUACCAUAAUUAUUGUCAUGUCUACAUCCAGAAAUGUCCCUCCUUCUAUGUCCUGCAUAACUUAUGGUAUUAUGAAAUGCAGAACUGCCAGGUGUGAACGUGCGUUUUACAUACAAACCCUCCCAAUAUUGACAUCAAUUGUGCAAUAAAAUCUUUUUUUUUUUUUUUAAAAAGCACCUAGAAUCUGGAUUUUAUACUACCAAUGCAAUAUAUACAAACUACAGAGUGGCAAAUGUAUUCACUAAGGUGUGAAUUUAAAGGAAGUUUUACAUUUUAGACCAAACUAGUUGAAUUUUUUUAAUAUUCACAUUUUAUAAAAAAAAAAAAAAAAAACAACACCACAUGUAAGGGUUAUUCACGGAAUUGGCUAUUUUAAUUUAAGGUUAAAAUAGCCAAACUGGAAAAAUUCUCCAGUUCGCUAUGCUAUCAGUUUUGGCUACUCUGGCUUUAAAUCUGAAAUUCACUUAGAAUUUUCACUUUAUUACGUAACCCUGUGUAUGUCUCCUAUAGUAGUUUUUAUUCCAUCUAUAGUUAUCUCUCAUUCUUUUGCUCUGCAGGAGACUAAUGAACAUCGCCUUCAAUGAAAUGAACCCAUUCCGGUUAAAGAUCUUAAGGAAUCGGCGUGCCGCCCAUAAAGAAAAACUAAAAAUGGAAUUUGCUGAACUGGAAAAGAUGAAAGAAGAAUAUACCAAGACAAAAGAAGAAAUUAAAAGAACAGAACUGGACAUGGUAUUAAGUGAAGACGAAGAAGAGACGUGA